GCCCCACCCCCCUCCUGCAAGCCGGGUCAGUGUGGGGCUUGCUCAGCUGAGGUGUGGCUUUCCUGCAUGCCAGCUGUUAGCUGGGAGGCUGAAAAGCCUCAGUAAAGCCCCACUCUGCCUCUGGCUGGGGAGGAGCCCAUAGAAGAUGUUCCCUUUAGGUUCUGAGGAGGGUCUCCUCAUGAGCUGAAGGCACAGCGGGGCUUUGCUGAAGCUGGUCAAGUUUCUCCCCACACUUCCAGCUGAGAGGUGUCAGAACACAGUUCUGGAGAGUUCUGUUCUCCUUAUACAACACACUUCAUAUUCACGAGUAUAGGCGUUUUUAUGCAGACUCAUUCUUGAUAAGUCCAUUUUUGUACAUGUUGUCUGGUUGGAGAACUGCGACUUUUGAAGGAUAGCUGUGUUUCAGUUCAGAUUUUGUUCCAGAAAGUGCAAAUCAGGUAGCUUCACCUUAAAAUCCCAUCCAUGCUUUGUUAUUUGGCAGCCAACCACGUGAGGUACUAAAACAAAGACCUGUUUUGUUAAAGUGGAAAACUUAUAGCCACGCUUUUCUAUCAAAAUAAUAGCUGAAAUAGUUUAUAAAGUAAAUAAAGAUACAAUAGCCAAGAACUAUGGGAAGAAGAAAAAAUGAACAGGAAAUUGCUGUAAGCGAGUUGCAUCCAAGCUCUGAGUAAUGUGCACUCAGGGCUGCCCUCCGUUCCUUUGGUGUGUUACCUCAGACUUACCUGGCAAUGGCAGCAGCACCCUAAAAGGUAGCCGAGAGCUUCCAGUUUAAUUUCCCACAAUGCCCUGGAGUGUCUGACAUAGUGUCACUGCAGAGCAUUGUGAGAAAUUAUUAUGAUGGCUUACAUACCCACCUUCCCGAUGUGGAAAGCCUGGGGAAGGUGUUAGUGGUUGGCCCCAAGAAGGUACUGGAGCCCAACAACCGCUCUAGGAUGCCAGCUAUUGAGGCCAGACCUGAGCAGCACUGAUUUACUAACUACCAGAGGUCAGUUGCUUUCCGUCCAAGCACUUAGGUCUCCAAUAUUCCCCUUCACUAUAGCACCUGUCUCUUGCCUAUUGAUAUGAUUUUGAUUUCUACCUCAUUCUGCAGCUAAUCAUUUUAGGCCUCCUGAAAUAUCUUUUCACCUUAGUGUUUUGUUUUAUUGGUUUUUAAACUCACAUUUUAAAUUUUACUUGAUGAUCAAUCGAAUGUACUUCUGCACUCUACACCUGAAGGAGGGUGGGAAGGGAAAGAAAGGAAUGUUUUUCUGCACUGAUAUUCCCCCCCCUUUUUUUUUAGUGUUCAGGCAAAAGAAAUGAAGGCAAUUUAUUAAGUAGUGGGUGGACAUAGCAGACGACACAGAGAUUUCUCCAAGUAGUUCUUUAUAAGUAGCUGGAAAUGAACUGAACUGAACAGCAAACAGCUCAGCCGGCCUGCUUUUAUAGGCAGCCGGCUAUCAACACUGCAACAACAACAGCCCAGGGUUUCCCGCCUAAAUUAACUUAUGUGAAAACUAUAUGUAUGUAAACCUCGGGUUACAUACACUUCAGGUUACAUAUGCUUCAGGUGACAGACUCCGCUAACCCAGAAAUAGUGCUUCAGGUUAAGAACUUUGCUUCAGGAUGAGAACAGAAAUCGUGCUCCAGGGGCGCGGCGGCAGCAGGAGGCCCCAUUAGCUAAAGUGGGGCUUCAGGUUAAGAACGGACCUUUGGAAUGAAUUAAGUACUUAACCUGAGGUACCACUGCAUACACAAUACCCCCUGGUGGCCAGGGUGAGAACAUCAAUACAUAACACAAUCCUAGAAACUCUCAAUAGGAAUUGAAUGCUACCGUAUGAUGCCUGACUGUUCGCAAUACGUUUCAUCCAUGGAGGAAGUACAACAUAUUCUCCCUCAAAUUCUUGGUCAAACAGGGAAGGUGGCUUGUACUGUAAAACUGUUGGGAUACUGCCAGGGAGAUAAAGUCCAUCAAGGCCCCCAAGCCGUCUGCCGGACGAUCCAUCUCAGUCUCCCGUAGGCACGCAGUAUCAACAAUUAGCGACAUGAGUUUCUAGAAAAUAUCUUGCCACAUUCUAGAGCUCAUGCACGCUCUAUCAGCAGAUAAAUGCACAGCCAAAAGUUGCAGUCAGGAGAGCAUUAUUUACAAGUUUAUUCAGCGUUGAUCAGAACACAGAAAAACAUGACUGACUGCUUUAGUGUCUGCGACACCAGAGAGAAAACGAAAGCAACAGAAAACAUAAACAUCCUGUGAACAGGAAAUACGCAGACUCUGACUCACAAAGCCUGCUCCCUUUUAAGGUGGAACGGAAAUAUCCUAACAUCCUCCCCUUUCCGUGUAACCUGUAGUACCUGUGGUUCAACCCAAUUGCAACCUUUGUACAUAAACCUUAAGUUGUUCUCUGUUAACAACCUUAGACAACAGAUCAGCAGGAAUUUCAUUUCCUGGCAUGUAGGACACCUGAAUGAGUCCUUUCUGAAUACACUCUCUUGCACGAUGUAGCUUAAUCUGCAAGUACUUGGUCCUUUGCUUGCAACUCUCCGAGUUCAGCAAAGCCAAACACGAUCUAUUGUCUUGAUACACUUGUACAGGACAUUUCACAGAAACUCCGAUGUCCUUAAACAGUUGCAUCAACCAUUCACAAUCCAUGAGUGAAAAUGACAGAGCAUUGAGUUCUGCUUCACAGGAACUUAGGCUCACUGUCGUCUGCUUCUUGCACAGCCAGUCAAACAGACAGUGGUUGUACAUGUAGCAUACUCCAGAAGUGCUUGUACCAUCCGUGGUGUCACUUCCAAAACUUGCAUCUGCAAAGAUUUCAAGACCUCCAGUCUUCUGACUGGUGAACCUCAGCCUGUAGUGCAAAGUCCCUUUCAAAUAGCGGGCUAUGCGCUUCAGAGCUUUCCAAUCCUGAACAGUAGGAUUGUUGGCAUGUCUGCUAAGCAGGUUACAGCUUACAGCUAUGUCAGGUCUUGAGCAUCUAGCAAUGAAAUUCAACUUGCCUAGAAUGCAUCUGUACAGCGUUGUGUCAGAAAACGCUUCAGCAGUACUAUCUACCUGGUAACCUGUCACCAUCGGUGUGUCUGCUGGGUUUGCAUCAACCAAAUUCAACCUGGUUAAUACAUCAGCAAUUUUCUGUGUUUGGUGUACCAGAAAAUUACCUGCUUGGUCCCUCUCCACCUGCAGAGAAAGAUAGUUGGAUACCUCACCAAGAUCCUUCAUGUCAAAGUGCUCCUUCAGCUGAGCUAGGGUGCUUUGGUAGAAAGCCUGAUUCUUCCAAAACAUCAGAAGAUCAUCAACAAAACAUAAACAAUACAGUUUGUUUUGCCCCUCCUCCUUGACAAACACACAUGGAUCAGCUUUGCCCUGGUGAAAACCUAGAGAAAGCAACGUCUCAGUGAGCUUUGUGUUCCAACACCUGGCACUCUGCUUGAGACCAUAUAAGGAUUUCCGCAGUUUACAGACCAUUCCCUUCUGUAUCUGCAUCCCAUCAGGUGGAAGCAUAAACAGCUCCUCCUCCAAAAUCCCGUACAAAAAAAGCUGUAUUAAUGUCAUGAUGGGAAACAUGCAGUUUCUCCUCCGCAGCGAUCUUGAGCAUCAGCCGAAUGCUCUCAUAUUUGACGGUGGGUGAGUAGGUCUCGUGGUAAUCCUGUCCUGGUACCUGUGAAAAACCUCUGGCAACCAAUCUGGCUUUGUGUCUGACAACCUUGCCAUUCUGGUCUGUCUUGGCCUUGAAGACCCAUUUGCUGCCAACCAGUCUCAUCCCUGGGACUACCGGUACCAGUUCCCAAGUUUGGUUCCUAUUCAAGGAAUCAACUUCAGCCUUCAUGGCAUUAAGCCAAGGCUCAGCAUCUUUAGAGGUUAACUCCUGAACCUCUUUGAAGCUUGAAGGUUCCCAUACCUUCUCUGAGCUACUAAGAACAGCAGUUGCUGUCUUAGCAAACUCAUCAGCAAAUCUCUUUGGAGGUCUGCCCGUGGUCGGCUCUCUCAGAUCUGCGUACUAGACGCAAGUCUUCUGGACUCAUCUCCUCCUUCUUAGGAGAAAAGUGACCAAUGGUGAACAGUGGUUCUUCCAGUUCAUUGUCAGACGCAUCAGAUGGUCUGACUGAGGCCUUUGCGCUCUUGUAGUCUGCUGUGUCAUCACUGUCACUGACAUCAGCAGCAGCGCCGCCCACUGAACUGGAAUCCGAACUCUGAUCAUCAUCGUCAUCAUCAUCCUCAGCAGCUUCCUCAGCUUUAGCUGCUUCUUUGACAUCACCUUCAUCCUCCUCUGGGUAACUCUGGAAAAUUCCCACAUUUUCCCCCCACUUAGGAUUGUACUCAACACUCUUUGUGAACUUAAUGGACUUAGAGUUGGUCAUCCACACCCUGUAUGCACCUUUUCGUACCCCAUGAACAAACCAUGUGCCCCACGCUUCCCAAGCUUGUUGCUCUGUGGGGUGUGUACCCACAUGUCAGAACCAAAGAUUCUCAUGUGCUUGAUGUUGGGUUUCUUACCAAACAUCUUCUCAUAGGGGGUACAACCAAUAGGUGAUGACAAUCUGCAAUUAUAAGUGUAAACAUACGAGUUCAAAGACUCCCCCCAAAACUUCUCAGGGAGAUUGGCAUCAUGCAACAAUGUUUUCAGUCCUUGCAGCAACAUUUGCUUUGCUUGCUCACAAAUCUCCCAUGGAGAUCCAGGACUUGAGAGGCUAUGCUGGAUUCCCUUCUCAGUCAGGAAAGCUUCAAACUGCCGAGAAGUGAAUUCAGCCUCUCGAUUAGUAAACAAACAGCCAAUACGUUUACCGUGAACAUUCUCCAACCAAGCACAGAAUGCCUUGAACUUAGGAAACGCUUGCGAUUUCUGCUCGAGCAUAAACACAUGAAUGUACCUGGAAAAAGAAUCAAUUAGAACCAUGAAGUACCUUGCUCCACCCAAAGAGGGCGCAAGUGGACCAACCAGGUCUGCGUGCACUAGCUGGUAGGGUUUGGAAGCCUGCCUGCUAGACUCCUUGCCUUUUGGAGCAACCUUCACCUUGUUCUCUGCACAAGAUACACAUUUCAUGUGAAACUUACAGGGUUUGAUGUUCAAACCCUCAACCAUCUCUGGCAUCUUGGCCAGCGCCUGCCAAGACAUGUGACAAAAUCUUCUGUGUGCAUCAUGAAUGCAUCCUGCAUGAAGAACUUUGUUAGUUUGUGCAACACAACAAGAGUCAACAUUAGACACAACAGCACCAAUGUCAUCAUAAGUUAUACAGAACAAGCCAUCCAUAAACUUUGCAUGCAAAAUGUCCUCUUUGCCUUUUCUGAUGACACAGACGCUCCUCUUGAAGGAAAUCUCAAAACCACGCCCAGUCAACUGUGGGACACUGAGCAAAUUGUCUGCAGCACCUGGAACAUAUAGUACAUCUUUGAUGGUAGUGUGCAGACUUGCCAGUUUCACAGUCCCUUCUCCUGCGAUUCGCAACGUCUUUCCGUCAGCCAGGUGGAUCUCACCUUCUUGAGGUUUGAAGGAGAUAAAUAGGUGGCGGUCCUUUGAGAUAUGGCGGGUACAGCCUGAAUCAACAACAAACCUGGCCUUGGCCUUUGGAGCAGCUUUUGCAGCAAGCAGAACCUUGUUUUCCACCGGCGUGGGCUUUUGCAGCUUGCCCCCUGCUCCUGGCCAUCAGACAUGCCUUUCGCCUUUGGUGAGGCUGUGCCAGCAAACAAAACCUUGUUUUCCACUGGCGUGGGCUCUUGCAGCUUGCCCCCCUGCUCCUGGCCAUCAGACUUGCCUUUAGCCUUUGGUGCAGCUUUGUUUUUCUCUGGCGUGGGCUCUUCACCCUCCCUCUGCUUCUGGCCAUCUGCAGGCGUCUGCCUCUGUUUACCUUUGCCCUUCCGGCCUCUGCAAAGGCGAUGACCUUGGCUCCCAUGAGAAACAGAGCUCUCAGCUGCCGACUCCUUGGCUCCCCCUGGAGGCUGGAAUGCUGCCUGGGAUGACGUGACAGUCAGCUCCCCCUGCAGCUUGCAACCGGUGCCCUCGGCAUCCCUGCAUUCACUCGCAUUCUGGGAAACAGCCAGGACCUCCGAUGCAGUCAAACUCUGGGCUGGGAUGACUGGCAAAUGGGCUAUCUUCAAAGCAUGCCACAUCUUACGUGCAGUCAGAUUGCCAGCUAGCGUCUUUAUUUCCUCCAGAGAGACGGACAAGACGAUUACGUCAACGGCCUUCGAAUUUUCGGCCUUCCAUCUAUCUGUCAGAGGAACUGGAGGGGCUUCAGACACAGUAUGCCACACUCCAAACUGACGCAGCAAGCUCUCACACCAUUUUGCCCAGGUCUGAUAGUUGUGCCGAUCUAACUUUGGGCACUCAGCAGCCUCAGAAGCUUGGAAAAACUCCAUUCCAGGUUUCUAUUCGAGCCGUGAGUCUAAUUCACUUCAGAGAUGUCUUAUCUCGGCAGCUCAUAAAUCUUGAGGCCUUUGGCGCGGCUCCCAGAUCCAUUAAUCUGCCAGCCGGACAUCAAAGGUGCUUGCCGCGGCAAACAGAAAAGCCUUACUUUCGCUUUUCCUCCACAUACCUUUCAGCAGUCUGUCGCAGUCUUACUCUCCUGUAAGUGCUGUGAAUCUGGGCCCAUAACCUGUUGUUGGGAUACUGCCAGGGAGAUAAAGUCCAUCAAGGCCCCCAAGCCGUCUGCCGGACGAUCCAUCUCAGUCUCCCGUAGGCACGCAGUAUCAACAAUUAGCGACAUGAGUUUCUAGAAAAUAUCUUGCCACAUUCUAGAGCUCAUGCACGCUCUAUCAGCAGAUAAAUGCACAGCCAAAAGUUGCAGUCAGGAGAGCAUUAUUUACAAGUUUAUUCAGCGUUGAUCAGAACACAGAAAAACAUGACCGACUGCUUUAGUGUCUGCGACACCAGAGAGAAAACGAAAGCAACAGAAAACAUAAACAUCCUGUGAACAGGAAAUACGCAGACUCUGACUCACAAAGCCUGCUCCCUUUUAAGGUGGAACGGAAAUAUCCUAACAAAAACUGGGGAGACAGCUACACAGCUGCAAAUAUAAUGUUUUAAGUGCAUUAAACAAAUGCCAUUAGAUGGCGAUGGUGAGCGAAUGUCAAAUUCAAUAUAUAUUUUAAAACAUUUUUAAAAGCAUUUUUCACAGCAUUUUUAUAUAUGUUUCAUCAUUUUUAUUUAUGUCUAGAUUCAGUCCUACUGUAUAUCAGUUUUUGAUACAUGCAGUUAUUCAACACUUUCCCUUUUCCAAAUAUUAUCUUACAUUCUUAAGCAGCUGUGCAAUCCAUUAUUGGAUUUUAAUAAUGGGCAUUGGUUCCUAUUUAAUCCAUUAAAAAAAAACACAACAAGCCUGAAUUUUGAAUGCUGGAUAUGACAGGCUUCCUCAACCUCGGCCCUCCAGAUGUUUUGAGACUACAAUUCCCAUCAUCCCUGACCACUGGUCCUGCUAGCUAGGGAUCAUGGGAGUUGUAGGCCAAAAACAUCUGGAGGGCCAAGGUUGAGGAAGCCUGGGAGAGGAGGUUUCUUAGAAGGUGCUUGGCUAACACCUGGAGAUCAUCUGUGAUCCCUGAAUGAGGGGCUGUCUCUGGAGUAAAUAGGAAUUUGACCUUGGUUCAUGUUCUUUAAUACAGACCUACCUCUACGCCUUUGAGUGACUUGAGAAUAUCCGUAGCGCUGCCAUUAGCACCAGUGCUGAAAGUCUGCUGGUUGUACAACCCCCAGUUCAACAUUUAGCAAGGCUUGCUGCAUCAGUGCUGCACAUCAGACAAUGCAAGGUCAGUGUGGCGUUACAUUUUCAUUACCACUGAUUAAUCUCAUUCUGCCAAUGCACUUGUAGUUUUGACCAGAUCUCAGUGCAACUGGGUUAAGCAUAAAGGGGAGAGAGCUUAGACUAGUACUGGUCCCUCACAUAAGAGAAGCAUAGGAAGAGGUUGUAGCUCAAUCCCUGGGAUCCCCAGAUUGGGCUGGAAGAGACUGCUGCCCUGGAUGCUGAAGAGCUGCUGCUAGUCAGUACUGAGCUAGGUGGACCCAAUGGUCUGACUCAUUAUAAGUUAACUGCACAAGUUCAUAUUCUGUUGGUGGGGGAAAAGCUGCGGUGCAACAUUCAUUCAUGUGGGUUCCACUUUGCAGGCAAUUGCUUUGGACAAGUCACCAUGUUGUCUAUGCAAUGACUUCACAUGCUUUCCCUGCCCUGAAGCAUAAGAUGAUAAGGGCUUAAUACUAGGCAACAUAUUUCUUAGCAUUAACCACUUCUGAGAUGGGCAUAACAGAGAGAAAUGAUAAAGGAGAUAAAGGAGAAUUGUUUGUGUGAGAGUCACAGCUAGAAGCUGCUCUUAUCUAGUUUGUCUCUUGACCAAUGACCCAGUCUGUUUCUGUAGAAGAAUAACAGCGUAGCCUCUUGCAACCGAAGUUAAACAGUACUGAAAAUUUGUCAUCCUAUUGUCACAAAAACCAUUUUAGGCAAGCAGCUGCCAUUAUGCUGUGUGUAUUGGCUGACUUUAUUUCCAGUAAAAGUCAGCCAACGGCUUGUAAUUAUGCUGAAUAGUUUCCUGGAACCUUACUUCCAUAAAUGGUGCCAUAUUUUCAGCAAUAUAUCAUCAGUGUGCCUUGCUCAGAUUAUUACACUAAUAUAUCAUUAGAGCAACAGCUAACUGUAGUGAUGGAUUAGUCUAAUACAACUUUAGAGCAACAGCUCCCUCUGAUAAAUCUAGGAUGCCCACCCCAAUCUUGUGUAUAAUAAGUACUGUGCAACAUUGUAUUGCAAAGGAGUCUUCUGGGGAGAUAGCUCUCAGUCAGUCUGAGGGUUUCCCAGCCUUGUGAAGGCUGUGACAGAAUAUAAUUCUGACUUUGCGUGCAAAGGACCACUGGCUAAUAUUGACUGAAAAUGUAUUUGCAGGCCAUAAUCUAUGAAUGCAAACAAUCAAACCUGAAAUAAACAAUAAUGGGUGGUGUAGGCUAUGUACAAAGAAUCAUGGGAACUGUAGUUUACCCCUUACAGAGCUACUAUUUCUGGCAUCCUUAACAAACCACAGUUCCCAAGAUUCUUUGUGGAGGGGUGGGCUUUAAAUGUAUGGUGUGUGUGCAGCUCUAGAAUGCACUACCUAGAAACAAUUCCAUACAAUGGAGAGAGGUGUCGCUAUUUCAUUAUUAUCACAAGACCUAAUAACAUCAGGGACUCAUUCACCUGCUCAUCUUCUAAGGUAAUCAAUGCCAGCAUUGCUUCUCUGCUUUCUAUAAAGACUAAACUUUAUGCAUGGAAUGAAUAGAAACAAAUCUGAUAUCAGAAAGGGCAAUAUUAAAAAAACCGGAAGGCGAACAUUUCAGUCUCUCAUGAUAACAUUUUCUGUAGCUAUCCUGAAAGUUACCAAUCUGUAACUGAGGAAUUUAAAAGGCAGACUUCAGAGUGGAAUGCCAGAGUUAGAAAUUACAAAGUUGACUCUGGUUAUUUGGGCUUGAACAAAAACAGUGAUUUGUUUUCCCACUAUAGGCAUUAAUUUCCUUAUAGCAAUCCUAAAAUGAUUCCGUUAUUAUCACCAGUUACUGCAGUUAUAAAUAGUCACCAUGCUUCUUUUGCAAACAUGUAAGCUCUGCUUCAUGAAAUAACAGUUUAAUUGGUCUUCAAUAAUUUGUUCUGCGGCAUGUCACUGCAGGCCGCAGCUAAGGUUCGUAACUGGUAUGUCUGUGUAUGUGAGAGAGAGAGAGAGAGAGUUAUGGCAGCCUGGUUUCAAAGGGCAUGUUGCAUCCUGCUACAACACUGACAACAUAAAAAUCUGUUUAAAAAAGAGAGGGGGGAAGCUUGAGAGCAAAGUUUCUGCAGAUUAUGGGCUAGUCAUCUGAUACCAAAUCUAGCUGCUGCUAUAUGUGGGCUGAUGCACAGUGGUGGUUUGAGAUAUAGAAGCAGCAAAAAUGACAUGAUGGGUCUGUGCAAAUUACUAUACCUGUAGACUAAAUUGUCACCACCGUUCUGAGUUUCGUAACACUUCAUUAAUACUUUUCCAGCACCACAUGUUGACAUCUACUCCCUCCAAAGCAAGCUUUGGCAAGUUUAAAUUACAUCUUGUUCAGAAGGGAAAGGCAAAUUCUGUGGCUAAAGAGCCCAUUACAAUGCAACAUUGCUCUCUGUGUCCACUGGAGUGAAUUAAAACUCCAGAAUCCCACCACAACAUCAUGAAGAUCACAUCUGCAAAGCUGACCCGUGCUUUCUUAAAUUGCAUUCUGUUAUGUACUGAGUUGAAUAGGAUCCAAACUGCAGCAGUCUGAUUGGUCCUAGAACAAUAGGAUCCAAAAUGCAGCAGUCUGAUUGGUCCUAGAACAAUAGGAUUCAGAAUGCAGCAGUCUGAUUGGUCCUAGAACAAUGCAGCAGUAUGAUUGGUUGGCAGGAACCACCCAAUCCUGCUCCAGAUAGAAGUGAAUCCACAACCUGAUUGGCUUACAGUAGAAUUCCGGAAUUACCCAAUCAUGUGCAGCCCAUUGUGUAAAUAAUGUAUAUAAAGCAGAUACUGUGAGGGGACUUUCAUUCAUUCCUCCUCACCACUAUGAGCUGAAUAAAGAGCAUGAAAUCACUUUGCGACUCUGAGUAUAUUUCACAUUCUAAUAUACAGAAUGCUUCCCCCGACCCAAAUCAGGCUGAAGUUAUUUUUUAGAGACUAGGACCACUUCAUAUGUUACAUGAUGAAAAGCGGAAGAUCAAAUUUAAAGAAAUAAACAAACUUUGAAUGAAUAAAUAAACAAAUCCCAAACUAAUGACAAAAUGUGGAGCUCUAAACUUCAUAUUGGAAAGAUGAGAAACUGAAACGAACAGACUCAAACAUCUCUAGAACCCCUACAAAUGAAAGUGGUACUCAGGGAGCCUAAACUUCUGUUCUAAUAGAUGAUGUCCUUUUAUUUUUCUCCCUCUGUGUUGCCUGUUGCUGUACAGUUACGCUGGUGCUACCUGCUAGCCCUAAGCGGAUAGCUGUGAUUUCGUCAACCUAGCUUGCUUUCUGCUUGGUUCGAUGUUGUGCCCGAGGCUGCCACUUAAAUCAAAUUCUCCUUUCUUGCUGAAACGGAUGCUAACACACCCCUCCUAUUCCUUUAAAAUAACCUUAAUCCCAUAUCGUGUUCCAGAAAUUUCCCUCUACAGGCAAGGACACAAUGAGCUGCUGCUGUUUGAUGCCUUCUCAGGAGGGAAAGAGAGGCAAUACCUCUCUGACCUAAAAUGACCUCCUUCUCCUCUCCAAUCUCUUAGCUAGGGUUGGGGGGAAGAAAAAGUGCUACACUGUUCUGUUAAGAAUUGGGGCAGGGCUGGCAGCUUUGAAUUCUCUUAAAAGUGAAUCUGAUUUUACAAUUUUUCAUGCCACGUUCUUCUAAGGAGCCUCUGACCCUAACUUUGUCCUCACUGUCACCUUGCAAAGUAGGCUGGGUCAGUAGGUUGUGAUUGUCCCAAGGCCACCCAAUGAGCUUCAUGGCUGAGUGGGGAAUCAAACUCAGUCCUAGUCCCAGUUCCCAACCUCUACACUACAUUGUCUCACAUAGUAAAUAGCAAGUAUAGCUUUGUGUAUGAUACAGCUGCUAACAAACUGACACAGAACCUCUUGGUGCAUAUUGUUUUUAUGUUACAGGUAGGUAGCCGUGUUGGUCUGCCAUAGUUGAAACAAACAAACAAAAUUCCUUCCAGUAGCACCUUAGAGACAAACUAAGUUUGUUAUUGGUAUGAGCUUUCGUGUGCAUGCACACUUUAUGUGUGUGUAAUGGUUCUAGGGGUUGCUCAUGCGUAAGCCGGUGCAAACAUCUGGCUGGGUUGCCUGAGUGAACCUUUUCUGUACGGACAGCCACUCACCCGUGGCUGUCUCAAUCGCUGGCAGAAUCCGUCAGUGGGCGUUUCUUAAACUUCUUCCAGCAAAGAAGCUCUUUGACGCCUAGUCUCCUCCUACUCUCUCUGCGCGAAAGCCUUCUGCGCAAGGAGGGCGUGGGCAACGGAGGACCCCUACUCUCCCCGCUGGUCCCAGGCAAGGAGUCAUGGGACCACCUCGCCGCUUCCCCCAUCUGCCCCCCUUCUCCACUGCUGCUACGCUGAUUCUCUUCCCCAGAAGAUGGGCUGCUUCUCCUAAUCCCUGGACGCUCUCUGGAAUCCCUCUGGCUUUUGCUCUCUCCCUCCAGCACUGAUGGCAGUUCCCUGACAGUGUGCAUGUACAAUUUUACCAAUGGCGAAUCUUAAAGUGUAAUGCGUGCAAGAGAUACAUACACACACAUGUUUUAAAAUUAUUGUUGGGGUACACACACCUGAGAGCUGCAAUGGACUGCAGUGCCUUGUCAGGUUUCCACUCAGCUGUCAACCCAAGUCUGUAACCCAGUAAUGUGUGAAAUGGAAUGUGAAAAGGAGAGUAAAUUGAAAUAAGCUGGAUUCCAGCAGAACGGGCUUCAGUAGAAAGGAAUUAGAGGUCAGUUAAAGAACAAGCAAUAGUAUCGAACUGCUCUACAAUAUAAUUAGAAAGGGAAAUAAGAUACAAAUAUCCGUGAGAUACACAUCUCAGCAGCAAGCUAACCCCUCUGCAGAUUGUAAGGCAGGAUUAGUAUUGAUUCUCACAACAGGCUCUUUUUGAACACUUAUGCAACUGAUCUCCACCCCACAAAGACAAAGCAUUGAAUGGCUAAGUAAAAGUCAAGGGGUUGGAUUCAAACUUAGUCAUGCUUAGAGGAGACCCAUUGGAAUCAAUGGGAUUUACAUUAGUCAUGAUCGAAUCUGGAUCCAAUCCAAUAGGGACAAUCAAUCAUCCAAUAUGAAGUUGAUAUUUCAAAAUGCUGUUUGCUCAUUGUGUGCCCUUGUGAAUGACUAAGGGAAUAUAAUGCAAGGCUUUGGGUUUCAGUUACUUGUUGAGAAUCAGCAGAUUCUCAGUGAUGUGACUGUAAUUUUCAAGGGACAGUAUUCAUCCUUUAGUAGCACAGUCCCAUGCAUGUUCAUUCACAAGUUAGUCCACCUAUGUGUUUUGUAGGGCAUACACCCAGGCAAUAAUGUAUAUGAUUGCUUGCAAUUCUAAUCACAAUUAGUUGGGAGUCAGCCCUCUUGAACAUAGCGACAGUAAAAUUUACUUCUGAGUAACCAUGCAUACCAUUGUGAUAAUGGUAAUUUUGGGGUCUUUCAAAUAGCUUCCCAUUUCUCCCCCACUCUUAACAAUGUGACAUCUCUUUGCCAGAUGGCAUAUGCUACUUAUUUAUCUGUGUGCUAUGGUGAUAUGCUAAGGCAAUUCCAUUUCAUUUUAUACCAGUAUAAUUGAGGCUGAGCUAAGUAAUCUCAGUGUGAGAUUUCAUGAGGAUCCCCUCCCCUUUCCUUCUUCCACACUCAUAAAUUAUUUCUUAACAGUGAUUAGAAGUUUGUUUAUAUAGUGCUAUCAUUUUUGCAUAACAAUUAUUCACGUAUGAUACCUAAUAGAAAAGAAAUUGAUUGCAUAUUUGGGGAUAAAAAGGUAGAGAGUUUAUUAACGUUAUGAAUUAUGAAUCCAGCUAAUAUAGGAUAAUAUGUGUGUGAUGCAUUGUAGAAGUAUUUGUGCAAUCACUAUCCUGUUUCCCCCCUAAUAUUCUGUAGUUAUUAGAAAAUAUAGGGCUACAUAAAUCUUCUUUGGCCUUCUUCCGCAACUUCACAUUGUUUUAUAAUAACUUGCCGAGAAUCUCAAUGCAAUGACCAAAAUCCAUCAGCAAUUACAAAUUACAAUAACUAAAACAAACAUCAUACUGAGACAAUAAUCCUUCUCUUCUCACUAUGAAAGAACCUUCAGGCUAGAAGGAAGGAAAUUCAUCUAGAGCAAUAUAAAUAUCUACAAAGUCAAUUUAUUCCUGUUGAAAAUUCUAAAUGUCACUGCUUAGUGCUGUGCAAGGGAUUUCACAUCCAAAUGAUUAUUAAUAACAAUAAACUUACCUUUUUUACAGCACUUUUUUAUGGGAAGGCUUAGGAGUACAUUCAAGCGAUUGCUCCAUCAUGUCACAGAAAAUGGAUGUGAAGUAAUAUCCUCCAACGUGCACCAGGGAUGCGAGUGUGCCAGAAGACGUUGGCUUAUAUGCCACAAUAAAUAAAGAGUGCAUAGCUACCAGUGGAAGUUAAUGGGCCUGUUAUCCUGUGAUGUGUGCUAGUGAGGACAAGGUUGGGGACUUCCGGGGUGGCGCCAUCGGUAAUGGCGGACUCCCUCUGAUCUGGAGGGACCAGCUCCACGGGAAACGGGUCUUUCCCGCUACGGCGAAGCGGGGACCCUUUCAAAAAUCACAGGCGGAUGAAGCCUGUGACCAUGGGACUCGGCGGGCACCUUUAGCGCCCCCCCAACCCGCAAAGGAACCCACUAACGGGCUCCGGAGUGAAGAGGGGGAAGUGGCGCGGUGCUGAGAGUCAACUGCUUCUUCCGUGGAGCGAAGCCGCACAGCCGUUGCCGGAGAGCGCUGCCUUUUUCCUGGGACAAUUUGGCUUUUAAAACAAUUACCCGAGAGUACUUAAAUUUUGGACAAUUGGACUUCAAAUAAUGAUUUGCGAGCAGAAAGGAAAAUUGGACUAAGAAAUUUACCUCAAUUUGGCACUGAUACUGGAAGGUCUAAACAGGAAGUUAGCCUUCCGUUUCUUGUAGAUAGAUUAAAGCAAAGACAUGGCAAACUAGAGUUCAGAAAAUCGCCUGUAAAGGAUUAACUUUCAUCAUUUAAAAUUGUUGAACCCCCCUUCGGAAGCAGGAGAAGAGGGGGGAUUUUUUCCGGACUGUUUAAACCUGCAGAAGACAGUGUAACGCAAAGUAACUUUCCACCAUCUUGAUCCUGGAGCGGGGUGUCAGGACUGACGUUCUUUGGGAAGCUCAUUGACCAGAGACAAGCGUCUUUGACAGAUAGUUAAAAGAAGAGAAACAUAGUGAUUCCAUUGUUCCCCUUCGCAUUUUAAAGGAACAAAUAUUGACAAAAUAUCUGAAAAAGGAAACUUUGUUGUUAGAUCUGCCUUUAAAAGAAAAGAACAAAUAGAAGCUCUUCCCCUAGCGGGAGCCUGUGAAACUGUUACUAAUUCUGAACCGGGGAGCUUGCAGCUGCAAUAGAUUACGAUCAUGGGAAUAGACUUCUGACCUUGCAGAACAAUGUACUCAGAAGCUCUGCUGCGUGCUUUCUGUAAAACAAGUGCCCUACUGGAACAGCUACAUGAGAAGACGGACUUGAUGACUGUUGCGAUCAGAAAUUUUGGACAGGUAGUGGGAAACUAUAUAGAGCCCACCCAGGAAUCAAAUCAGGAGUGUGCUCUGACAGAACAGAUGAGGGAAGAGGAUGCUGCUGAACCUUGGGCGCCAGAGAUGGAGGGAGCUGUGGCCCAGCAGGAACAUGAGUUCUUGGAUUUGACAAAUGAACUUGGAAAAAGCCAGAUUUGGAAAGAUAAAGUUUGGUUUGGUUUGGAAAUGGGGGGUUGGAUAGACCCCCCUAUGCAGGGAUGUUUGGACUUUUCAAGUCUGGCAAUGGGCCGUGAGAUGUUUGGGGUUGUGGGGGCUCUUAAUUCUGGAGGGACUUUGAAACAUGUUUUUAAAUACCACAUGGAGUUUAGUGUGGACUAUGGAAAAGGGGCUGAUUUGUCGAGAAGGGUCAAAAACACUGUUAAGUUGGAGUUCCCACGAGUGAAAGGAGCAGGAGACAAAGUAAAGUACAGGUAUAAAUAUGAAGAAGAACUGCGGAUGGGACAUGGAAGGGACUUAAGGGCCUCGGACAUAAGAUUACCAGGUUAAUGCGCUAGAUUGAUGGGAUAGAAAGGACUGACAAAACCCGGGACCAGGAGGAAGAGACGCUGGAUGAAGAUUGGAAGAAAAAACAUUUUUUUAUUAUUAUUAGGAUUGUUUUAUAAAAUUGAUGAACGUUAGAAAAAUGUUGGAAUGAAAUUAUUUGGCUUUAGCAAAAAUGUUUAAAGAAUUAUGUAAGAAUAUUAUGGUUAGGAGAAAUUGGUAUAAAUAAGAUCUAAGUUUUAAGUUUUAAGGUCUUUUAUAGUAAGAUAAGAUUAAAAUAGAUUAAGGUAAUGUAAUGACAGAAUAUUAUGAAAUAUGGAAAGGAUUUGCUGUGACAAUUAACAACUAGGAUACAAAAAAGGGAGGAGUGAGGAGGUCAAAGAAAGAAGGCAAUGACAGUUAAGGAUUUGAGAAUAUUGGAUUUGUUUUUAAAUGUUUGUGGCAUAUUUUUGUCUUUUGAUUGUGUCGUGUUAUUUUUUGAUUUUGAUUUUUAUCAAUUUGUAUUGUUCGAUUGUGGUUUGUUUUUCUUUUGUCUUUUUCUCUCUCUUUUUCUUUUUUGUUUUUCUUUCUGUAAUUCUAAAAUUCUUAAUAAAUAUCAUUUUUUAAAAAAAGACAAUGUCGUGUCUUUGUGGCCUUCUAGUUGUGCUUUGUAUGUGGGCUAAGGUAAGGUGAUGUCAUUGAGGUGUUUCAUUGUUGCUAUGUGUGGAUUGGCUCCUUCUGCACAUGGCUAAUAUAGGAUCAUUGCUGGCAUUUCAACACCAUGAUUGGUGGGCUCUGCAGUUGUAUAGAUCAGGGGUUGGCAAGGUCUACCUUGCCUGGGUCGGUUCACUCCAGCGGAGAUCCCUCUGUGGGGUGGAUUGCGUGCGUGUGUGAGCGCGCCCCCGCAAUUUCCGGCAUCUGCGUCUGCGCAGAAGUGAUUUCCGACACCGCGGAAGCGAGUCCCCGCACUGCACUGCGCCGGUUUAGCGCAGCGCAAGGGGACUCUCUGAGCGGGUGGCUCGGUUCGGGGGCAGCACGUGGGACACUUAAACGACCCCCGUGGACCACUUGUGGCCCAUGAGCCUUAGGUUGCCUACCCCUGGUAUAGAUGCUAUGAGUCUGUCUGUUAGUGUUAUAUGUUAUCUCCUGUUUCUAGUGGCAUUGUUUUGCUGCCGACAUUUCUGCCAGGAGUACAUUGGUCGCUUGGCAUAGCAGAACCACUAGAUUAGACUGCCUAAGUUAUUGUCAGUAGCAUAAAUACUGAUUUUUAAAGGAAGUGUGUUGAAGCUUCUGUGUUGAAAUUCAGCUUUCAAAUCACAAUGCAGCUAUCUAAGUCAUGUUUUAUUAGGCAUCAUCUCUAAACAUAAUUCUAAAGAGGGUUUGCUAUAUGUUAAUUUGAAAAUAUAUAGUUUUAGUUACAAAGGAAGGAGGGAAGGUUGCCUGUAUACUGAGCUACUCUGAAAUGUUCAGUUUAUUCUGCUCUUCUUAAGGAAUGCAAAAUAAAACGUUUCAGGUCCCUAAAAACUUAUGCAAGCUAGGUCCAUAUGGUAUUUAAAUAACUAAACAGCUAACAUUCUUAAUUUUUAAAAAGGACAACUGUGCAUGCAAAGCAACUUCCUGAAAUGCUCUCCCUGCCCCCCCCCCCCCGCCGCCAUGAACAGAUUGUCUGGUGUCAUAGAGCAAUGUUUUAAUACUAUCCAACUAUGUAAUUACUAGUCACAAAUGUUAUUUGUAAAUCCAUAUCAGACAAUAUCAGCUGACACCCUCUUUCUGUCCUGGUGUCAUAUGAGAUACAGGCAAUUCAUCCAGGCUUUUAACCAUUCCAGCUAAGUUGUCCCUUAUUUGAUGACUUGAUAACUUAUAUGUGCUUGUGGCAUCUUGGGAUAGAAUUCAUAGCAGGCCGUAGUAACUCCUGGAAUGGUGGACUCAGAACUGUCCCAAUGCCUAUUUUUAUUUCAGUAAUCAAGUUUUCAUACCAAGGUAAUCUCAGUAACCUAGAAAUACUUGAUGGUGGACAGUAGUCCAUGAAAGCUUAUGCCACAACCACAAGACGUUUAUUAGUCUUUAAGGUGUCACAAAACUCUUCGUUGAUUUUCCUGCAACACUGUCCUGUCCUGUCUCCAAUCCCACUUCCCUUACAGUGACCAUUUUAUUUCUUCCAUUCAACCAUUUAUCAAAUUGUAUGGUGAAUGGAUACAUGAUGGGUCAUUGAUCAAAUGAGAGUUAAAGUGGACGAACAGUAAUUUUGAGUCAAGGAAUCCAAUAGUUUGCCAAGUGAGUGCUGAAUUGAACAAACAGUAUUAGACAGAGAAUCAAAAGAGUGAAAGUAAAGUCAGAAAUAUUUCAUUGUCUUCAUUGUGUACACCCCCAACCCUUUUGGUUUCAGGAGUCACUCAGCAAAGAGUGACAAGAAUCCAUUCAAUUUCUUCUGAAAUAUUUUUUUACUUUAUUAAACCACAUUCCCCCCCCCUCCAUGGGUUGCUAAUUACAAAAGGUCUUGGGUCCAGCUGUGAUCCACAACCGUGAUCAGAACAAACAUCAGUAAGUUUUGUUGCAUCUAUAUAUCUUCCUAGAGUGAUCUCAAACAGCCUGCAACAAGAUUACACGUGGUCACAAUCACUAAUUUUUGAAAAUAGCAUUACUUAUGCUAAGGACAGUUAUUAACACCAUCUGGUAAGCAUUUUUGUUUUAUUUAUAAUUUAUUUGUUUUACUUAGGAAUUCCUGAUUCCCAACCUGCUCCUCCUCCUCCUCCUCCUCCUCCUCCUUUUGCUUCCCACAUUGAUUUCGGAGGACUCAAUAAUACACAGUCUGAGACCCUCUGAAUUAAUCUGUUCAGAGUUGAAGAUAUUUGACAGUAGAGAUGAAGAAUGACUGUCAUAUGACAGAAAGCCCCACCCCCAGCUUUCAAUUAUCAGAAAUAAAUAAGAAAAUGAAGAAUGAACCCUUUUGUGGUUGUGGGUGGAACAACAUGAGCAUUGUUAAAUGAUCUAAAUACCACAAUGAAUUAGACAUUCUGAUUCAGGGCCUUCUGAAGUGUAAUAAACAGAUUGUUAAAAUUCACUCUGAAAUUGAUGUAUUCAGAAGAUUUUCUUGUCAGCAGGCAGCUAACGGGCAGUUCCAGACAUGUGGAACAAAAGCUUUUAAGCACUAGUGUAAUUAUUUUUCUUCUAGGUAGGAAAACAUCCUGGCUUUCUUCUUCUUCACAUGUUUUAUUUUGAUGCCAAGAGAAAUAUAAGACAAAAAAGAAGGGGUGGCUCAUGGCGAGUUUUAAAAAACUAGCUGUUGAAUAGACACCAAGUAAUUUUCUCUCCAUGGCGUGUUCUUCUGUUGAGGAACAAUAGACCUCUGCUGUUUAGCAUGGAGUCUUUUUUUAAAAAAAAAUAUUUUUCUUAUUUUGUGAUGGAAAAAAAUAAAAAACCAAAACUAUACUAUGCCUGAAAAAGAAUAUUGGGGGGGGGGGGGGUGUUUCCGCAAAACAGAAGUUUCUAGUCAUUUCAGUUUUUAAAACCCACCAGAAAAUGAAGUGAUCUUCAUUACAAAAUGACACCUCAAUCCUUGGAUUGAGGAAUAGUGUAGAAUAAGUGGGCUUGAAAAAUCAUUUGAGAAGUAAUCUAAUUAAUUAAUUAAUGUCAUAAAAUUAAGGUACUGCUUGAAUGAUAAAACACAUCAACACCCCACCUCAGAGUGGUUGGAGGGACACAUCUGAGGAGGCAGGUGAGAAGGAAAGUUCAAAGCAGAUAUUUUCUUGGACUGAGCAAUCAAAACCACAGGAAGCCAUCAUAAUUUACCUCUGGAUAAAUUAAUGCCAGGGGUAACAUCCCUAUUCCAUUUUUUUAAAAAAAUAAUAUUUAUUGUGAAUUUUAAGAUUACAAAGAAACAAAGAAAAAAAAGAAGGAAAAAACAAGUAACAUUUAAACAAUACGAAUCAAUAAAAAAAGAUCAAAAAGAGAAAAAAACAAAACACAUAAUACAUCAAAAUCAAAAAGCAAAAAUAGACAAAAAAUUUAAAAACAAAUCCAAUAUUCCCAAAUCAUUAACUGUCAUUACCUUGUUUCAUCGACCUCCUCACACCUCCCUUUUUUGUAUUCUAGUUGUUAAUUAUCUCAGCAAAUCCUUUCCAUCUUUCAUAAUAUUCUGUCAUUAAAUUACCUUAAUCUAUUUUAACCUUAUCUUACCAUAAAAGGCCCUAAAACUUAAAACUUAAAUCUUAUUUAUACCAAAUUCUCUUAACCAUGACAUAUUCUUACAUAAUUCUUUUUAACAUUUCUGCUAAAGCCAAAUAAUUUCAUUCCAACAUUUUUCUAAUACUCUUUACUUUUACAAGAUUUUCCUAAAUAAAUUGUUUAAAACUUUCUUCCAAUCUUCAUCCAACGUCUCUUUCUCCUGGUCUCGGGUUUUGUCAGUCCUUUCUAUCCCAUCCAUCUAGUCCAUCAACCUGGUAACCUUAUAUCCGAGGCCCUUGGAUCUCUUCCAUGUCCCAUCCGCAGAUCUUCUUCAUAUUUAUACCUGUGCUUUACUUUGUCUUCUGCUCCUUUCACUCGGGGAGACUCAGCUUGACAAUGUUUUUGUCCCUUCUCGACAGAUCAGCCCCUUUUCCAAAGUCAACACUGAACUCCAUGUGGUAUUUAAAAGCAUGUUUCAAAGUCCCUCCAAAGUUAAGGGCCCGCACAACUCCGAACGCCUCCCGGCCCAAAGCCAGACUUGGAAGAUCAAAACAUCCCUGCAUAGGGGGGUCUAUCCAGCCCCCCAUCUCCAAGCCAAACAGAACUCUGUCUCUCCAAAUCUGGCUUUUUCCAGGUUCAUUCGUCAAGUCCAACAACUCAUGUUCCUGCUGGGCCACAGUUCCCUCCAUCUCUGCCUCACUAGGUCCAGCAACAACCUCCUCCCUCAUCUGAUCUGUCAAAGCACACUCCUGAAUUAAUUCCUGAGUGGGUUCUAUAUAGGUACCCACUGCCUGUCCAAACUUUCCGAUCCCAACAGUCAUCAAAUCCAUCUUCUCAUGUAACUGUUCCAAUAAAGCACUUGUCUUACAGAAGGCCAACACCAGAGCCUCCGAGUACAUUCUUGCUGAAGGUCAAAGUCUGGUCCCACGAUCUUAAUCUAUUGCAGCUGCAAAGCUCCCCAGUUCGGAUUUAAUAACAGUUUCACAAGCUCCCUCUAGGGGAAAAAGCUUCUAUUUGUAUCCAUCUCUCUCUCUCUCUCUUUUUUUUAAAAAAGCAAAUCUAAGAACAAAGUUUCCUUUUUCAGAUAUUUUGUCAAUAUUUUGUUCCUUUUAGAUGCGAAGGGGAACAAUGGAAUCAAUAUGUUUCUCUUCUUUUAACUAUCUGUCAAAAACGUUUGUCUAUAGUCAAUGAACUUCCCGAAGACGUCUGUCCUGACACCCCGCUCCCAGGUUCAGGACGGUGGAGAAUUGCUUUUCUUUACUUGUCUUCUGCAAGUUUAAUCAGUCCAGAAAAAGUUCCCCCCUCUUCUCCUGCUUCCAAGGGGGGUUCAGUAAUUUUAAAUGAUGAAAAUUGAUCCUUUACAGACGAUUUUCGUAGCUCUAGCUUGCCGUGUCUUUGCUUCAAUCUAUUUACAAAAAGUGGAAGGCAGACUUCCUGUUUAGACCUUCCCGCUUCAGUGCCAAAUUAAAAGAAAUUUCUUAUUCCAAUUUUCCGUUCUACUCACGGACAGUUAUUUAAGCUCCAAUUGUCCACAGGAAAAAGUCAGCGCUCUCCGGCAACAGCAAUGCGGCUUCACUCCGUGAAAGAAGCAGUCGAUUCAAGGCACCGCACCACUCACCCCACGUCGCUCCGGAACCCCGAAAUCGGGUUUCCCACGAGUAGGGGGCGCAAAGGUGCCGGCCGAUCCCACAUCCACAGGCUUCUCCUGCCUGUGGUUUUUGAUGGGUCUCCGCCUCGCCGUGGCGGUUCAGACCCUGUUUUCCACGGAGCGGAUUCCUCCCGAUCGGAGGAAAUCCGCCAUUGCCAGAGGCGCCAACCCGGAAGUCCUAUUCCAAAUCCCAUUCAGCAGCCACUGGGAGGGGCUAAUGCAGAGGUGGAGCUAAGUGCUUCGGCACCCGGAGUGGCGCACAUGCUGUGCACUUGGGGGCAGGGCUAACUGCCCAUGGGGGUGGGGUGAGCAUCCCGGGGGGGCAGCGUGGCGAUGUCACCCCCCCCAGGGAUGACACCCAAGGCGGACCACACCCACCACACUCCCCCUUACUCUGCCAGUGGGCUAAUGUCAGCUGAGGUAGCCUUAACCUAGCAGAGGGAAAAUAAGCAGUUAAAACCGUGAGUCAGCUAAAGGACCCUUUCAAUAAUGAGAGUAGCCCAACAGGUUAUGUGCCUUCCUGCUGGUAGUGUACUUUCAGUUUUCUUACUGUUUUAUAACUGCCCAAAUUUAGCACCAGCUCUGCAGCAGGUGUUUCCUUUCAGCAUCUACCUGGGUUGUACUGUUCAAUCACUUAAUUAUUUUGCUUAAUGUACACAUUUUUGCAAAGCAAUGUCCCCUUAACAUUUGAAUGCAUUUCUAUAAGUUGUUUUCAUUAACAUACACAUUUUCAUGCACACUUUACUCUGCUAGGUGCCUUUCUUAUACUCCUUACUUGACUGGAAAACUUCAUUGCAAAAUUCAGAGAAUUCAGAGACUUUCAAAGGAUGGCUGUGUUUCUGUUCAUGCAUUAUUCUGGAAAGUGCAGAUUUGGUAGAUUCACCUUUAAACACAAACCGAAUCAAAUUUCUCCCUAAUUCCUUGUUUACAGCAGCUUUACUUCUUUGGGGAAAGAUACACAACGCCUUUCAUUGUGCAAGCUAGAUUUUCUGUUCACUCCUUUCUCUCUCUCUCUCUCUCUCUCUUCCUCCCUCCUUCCAACAAAAAGAAACCGAACUUUUGCAGCUUCCUUUUUUGGUACAAAAUCUUCACAUAAAAUCUGUAAAGAGCAAGGCAUACAGGGAAUCACACCACUUUAUUGUCCACACUAAUGCAUCUUCUUCCAUUGUCAGAAUAAUGAUGGCAAGAGAAAGAUUUGGAGAAGUAAUUGACUCACUUGUUUUCCCCUCUCCUUUCUAUAUCUAAGAUAUCAAUGGAAAGUGCUCACUCUCAAAGAGUGCUAGAGAAAAGAUUGACUUGUAAAAGCAACACAAAAGGCACCGGUUAUGUUUGAAGGUGCCUUCGAUAGCAGAUUCACAAGUGAGUCAUGUUUUGUCUUUUUGUGCUUCUCUAGGUAAUAUGGGGUGCUUUCAGACAGGGGGCUAGCAGAGCAUGAAAUAUCACAAAUGGAGCAUUGGCAUUUUUUUAACUUAUUGGAUUUCCGCUGGAAAUCCAGACUGAAUAGUGGUGGGCGCAAGGGGGAAUACAGCCUAGCAUUUGGCUAACAAUGACCUUGUAUGGAUGUGGCAAAAAAACAAACUUGCAUGGAUGAGGAGCACCAGUCCCACAGUAAGUUCCUAUCUGGAAGCAGCCAUGGAAAUGCUGAAAAAUGAACACCAGAUAUGCAUGCGGACUUCAUACAGCUUGGCACAGGGGAAUUGCAAAUUCAGCUUGCACAAAUACGGUUGCCUUUUGCAACAAACCCACUUUCCCAAAAUACUUGACUUUUUACCAUAAAUAAAGUGUUGUAGUCACAAACCAGAUACAGAGGGUGGAUAUUGUUGUUGCAAGUCUGUUAAAACUUAAAAUGGCAGAUACAGCUCUGAUACGCAUUUGAAUUCCUUAGACAAGCUUCAUUGUCUGUUGGAAUCUUCAGACAACAGGAAUAGAGUCAGAUCAAUUCUAUGGGUCCCAUUGGCUACAUCAACCACUUUCAGUGCUUUCACUGGCAUUGCACCAUUGCAGUCCAAUGCAUGCCCUGCAGCAAAUUCAUGUCAAAUCUGGCCCAUUAAGGCUCCCAAACUUGACAUGUGCUGGAGCGUUCAAGAGACUCCAUAAUCUUAUGAUACUAUUCUAUUUUUACAUGGCUGGGUUCUAUGCAUUUCUUUCAAAUGGUUGCAUGGCUGUGUCUUCUAUAAAAGUCCCACCACCUCCUGAGAACAAACCUCUCCCUUAGUGCAGUCAUAAAUACAUCUCAGUACAUUUGUGCUGCAGUUCCUUGUUACAGCUUGGCCUUUUUCUUAUGCUAAUGCAGGCCUACUAUUACUUCAAAAUGAGUAAUGCUAAUUUGGCACAUUGUGUCCUCCCCUGGAAGUUAAAAAACCCCCACAAAAAUAAUAGAAACUAAUGUUAUGCUGACCUCAGCAGCUGAAUACAUUCAUGCUAGCUCUUAUACAGAGUUGUCCAAAUAGCAUUGGUUUCCCCUGCCCCAGCAAAAGGCAUUUGAAUACAGCAUGAGCAGGUUUGCAUUUUGGAUAUAUGCCAGGAACAGGGGAGGUGGAAUGAAUCCAAAAUGCUAACGCAGAUCACAAGCAGCAGGAUCCUAUGGUGAUGUAUCAGCUCCUUUGGCAACCUGUGACAAGCAAGGAGGUCAGAGCAGUGUGACUCUUACUGCCUCAAAGCUCUCUCUCUCGCUUUAUCAUGUCUCCAGAUUGCCAGGAAGAGUGGUAACUGACAAGAAAGGAAGAAACACAAAUAGCUUGGUUACCAAGCUCCUUGACUGCUAGAAUCCUAGAGUUGGGAGGGACUGUGAGGACCAUCUACUCCAACCCCCUGCAAUGCAGGAAUAUGCAGCUGUCCCUUCUGGGGACCAAACCUGCAGCCUUGGUGUUAUCAGCACCACGCUCUAACCAACUGAGCUAUCCAGACAAGAAAGGCUUCCCCAGCCAGCUUUCCUAGCCUCAUUUAUUAAUGUAUGUGUUAACUGUUCAAAUAAGGGACGCGGGUGGCACUGUGGGUUAAACCACAGAGCCUAGGACUUGCCAAUCAGAGGGUCGGCGGUUUGAAUCCCUGUGAUGGGGGGAGCUCCCAUUGCUCGGUCCCUGCUUCUGCCAACCUAGCAGUACGAAAGCAUGUCAAAGUGCAAGUAGAUAAAUAGGUACCGCUCUGGCGGGAAGGUAAACGGCAUUUCCGUGUGCUGCUCUGGUUUCGCCAAAAGCGGCUUAGUCAUGCUGGCCACAUGACCAGCUGUCUGCGGACAAACGCCGGCUCCCUCGGCCUAUAGAGCGAGAUGAGCGCACAACCCCAGAGUUGGUCAUGACUGGACCUAAUGGUCAGGGGUCCCUUUACCUUUACCUAACUGUUCAAAAAACAAAACACACACCACCUGUACAGGUCACUCCCAGGUCAACCUGGACUAGGGACCUUCUGCAUGCACCUGACUAGUCUAGAUGGUUUUCAUUAUUAUAUAUAUUUCUUGAAGUUCUAACUGCAGUUCUGUAGGAAAUCUUACUUUCAUUUAUGCAUAUCCAAGACAGAAACAUACUGAAUGCAUGACACAAAAGGCCAGGUAAAUUCUAGUUAUUUUGCAGAGUUUAUUUAAAAGCCUGCUUUGUUUAUGCGGCAACAAAGAGUGGUGAUUGAGUCAAUAGUCAGGUUUUUUCUUCUCUUUAAGAAAUGGCUUGUGCAAUCCAGUGAAAAUCAAUCAGCUGUCAGAGUAUUUAUUCUAGAAUUCCCAGAUAUCUAUUGUAAAAUUAAUGCAGGUGCCUUGUUUGCAGAAGGCUUUGUACUGCAGUAGUUGCUGAACACUAGUGCCGCCUUCAUCUAACAGAAAUAUUCUUGCCAACAUUGAUAUUUGCUAAUUUUUAUGAAAUUAGCUGGGUUAUUUUUAAAAACAUUCUACUAGUAUUUCAGCAAGUGGAGUGUGUGUGUGUGCUGUGCCCUGUUAUCCAGCGCUGUAAUGACUGACUUUCUCUUCAAUCCUUCGUGAAUCUGCUAACAAAGCUAUAAACAUGCCAACUUAUAUAUAUUUUGCAUCGCUAACCUUGACAAGGGCUUCAUAACGCUGUGAUGAUGUAUGUAAAUAUUUUUUAAAGAGACGGCUUCAUCUUUUAUUCCAUUAAUUCGCUUAUCAAAGGGGAAUGAGAAAUGUAGGCUUAUUUACACCAGCUCAUAAAAGGAUCCCCGUUCUUUACAGCCCUCCUUAGCAGAAAUCUGCCAGAUAGAUUACAGUUAGCAACAGCCACUCUGAAAUGUGUGCAGAAUAAAAAAACAAAAACAAGAUCAGAAUGAGGGAGAGAAAAUAUGAGAAAGAGGGAAGAGGAGUCAUACUAUGCGAGGAGAGAGAUGUGAGCUGCACUUCUCUCUUUGUACUUCUGGUAUUAUAUGUGAAAGGGCACCAAUGAAAUAUUUCUCUAGCAGGAACUACUGACCACUGCAGUGGUGUAUUUGAAGAGGGAUGGAAUUUCUUAUAAUUGCUACAAGUAUGUGGCAUUACCUGAUGCAGUCAACUCAAGGCUUCAUAGAAAUAUAAAAAGCUGACACCAACAGGGGGCAGCACCUUAAUACUAUAACAGCCUCUCUGUCUGUAAUGAAGAGUUCAAUCAGGUAUUCGUGUAGCUGCCUAGCACGGCUAUGUAGUUAACUGGGUGUACAAUACGAGGGCUACUAUUGUACAUAUUAGUACUCUCCCUGCCCCUCCACAGGCACACACCCUAUUGUUCAAUCAGUGUUUCAAAAAGACUCGUGUUGGAGAGGAUAAUGCACACGUUUCUCUGCCAACCACACUUGUGAAUAACAACACUUUGGGAAGGGAUCAGCAGUUCACAGGCUUAGUUUUGAACCAGAUGUCCAUAUUACUCAUUCUGGAAAAAAACAUUUGCCUAGGCUGGUUCAGACCCUUCAACUCCGGUGCUGGAAACUUCCCUUAAACUUGUGGUGCAUCUGAAGUUUCAUUUAGGGAUGGAAAUUGAUUGUUUCUGGUGAAUGUAUUUGGAAAGAUAAUCCCCCUGAUUUCAGGAGUUACUUAUGAGAAAUGCUUAAUGGUCUAGCCACCUUGAUUGCACUGAGAUGUACUGCUGGGAUUUCUGGACCACAAACGGUCAUAGUAGGGUCAAAAUGCAUAUAGUGCAAGAGAUCUGGAAUCCCCUCUCCCAAUGCCUUGCUUAAGGCACAAAAUCAGCUGUAGGGCAGUGAAAGAGAAGGUGUUUAACCCUUUACUUCUGCACCAUUUCUCAGUUCAAAGUAGGCACUGUCCAAGACUCCAGUGGGGGGAGGGGAGGGGAGACAAGUACAGUGGUACCUCAGGUUAAGUACUUAAUUCGUUCCGGAGGUCCGUACUUAACCUGAAACUGUUCUUAACCUGAAGCACCACUUUAGCUAAUGGGGCCUCCCGCUGCUGCCGUGCUGCCGGAGCACGAUUUCUGUUCUCAUCCUGAAGCAAAGUUCUUAACCUGAAGCACUAUUUCUGGGUUAGCGGAGUCUGUAACCUGAAGCGUAUGUAACCUGAAGCUUAUGUAACCUGAGGUAUCACUGUACCAGCAUUACACAUUUUAAUUCUCCCCAGCAGGGAUAAUAGCAGCCUUUAGAUUUAGCCUGAGGAAAUGGUUUAACCUCAGAAAGGAUUGCAGACCCCCUUUCUCUAGCACUGCUUCCUCAGUCAGAUUAGGAGCCCCCCCUCCCAAUGUCCUAGUAGUAAUAUGAAUCAAAGGAAAUCUGGGAGAUUUGGUUUCUGUUCUUCUGGUUCAUGUGUAGGAUGGAAAAUGAGUAAAUCAGGAGUGAAGUACUUUUGAGCAAACAAACAAAAAUCUUGACUCAUUGCAUACCCAAAGUUCCAGCCUGGAGCAGCAAUUAUAUCACAGUUAUAAGUAUGGAUUUUACUGCCAACAUGGAACAACAAAACCCUACCGCGGUAGAUAAGAACAAAAACAUGCUAAAUGUUUGUAAGGUCAAUGAAAGAAAUGGUUUUAAUUUUCACAUGCUGUAAGGUCCAGUGUCCAAUGUUGUUUUAUGAAAAAUUAGUUUCCAAAAAGGCUCCAAGCUCGGCAAAGUGAUCUCUGGUGGGGGAAACAAUAUUUUAGUGUUUCUUAAUGAGCUGAGAGACUAUUAGAGGAUUGCUAGCAUUCCAGGUAGAACAAGAGCAAUUAAUUUAAUGUUGAACGAUAUACAGAUUUCUAUAGUGCUACAAGAGCCGCUUCCUCUGGAGUGCUUCUGAGGCACAAAGCCCGACACAGUAUUUGUGGCUUAAUGAAGGUGAUACUAUCUGUGGAGAAAAAAACUUGUUGACUCUGUUUUUCCUUAUGCAGCUACUUCCCCAGAUCCCAAGCCAGCAGCUGAGGUGCUGAAAUUUACUAGAUCACAAUGGGUACUGUGGAACUGUAGUAUUUUUUAAAAAAAUAACUUUUAAACUUCUUUUUUGCCUGCAAUCUUCCACAUUUUCCUACUUAUUCUGAUGAUAAAUUGCUCACUGGGUGACAUGCCACAAUAAUUUUAACCUUUUGUUUACAUGAGGUCUAUGAUGUCUAUUCUAGAGUAUCAGUGAGCAGACUGUGUCUCCAGUUUCCAAGAUCAGCCAAAACCCACUCUCACACAGUCCCUUGGCCUAAUGUUUUCCAGCCUAGUAUGAAAUAGCAUCCAUCCAAGUGUGGUGGGAAAGGCCCACCCAUUUGUCUCCAUGGCUGCCUUUUUGGACUUAACUGGCCAACCAAAGCCAUUAUUACGUCAACGAAAAGCAUAAUUGGACUGGUUUCCUCUUACAGAUUCUAGCCUCACAUAUACAGGAUCACAGCUCUGGAACAAACCCAUGGCCAUCAUCCAGACUGACCUCCCCAAACCCACAACACUAUUUUAUAAUUUUACUGUAAGCCACUGUAAGAAGAACUCUGCUUUGUUGGAUCAGGCCAAAGGUCCAGCUAAACGAGCACUGAAGCAGAUGCCUUUGGGAACUCCAAAAGUAGGACCUUUGUGGGGUCAGCAACAGCACUUGGGGCACUCUGGGGCAGACUGCCUCUAACUGUGGAAAUAGUAUGUAGCUAUCAUGACUAGUAGCCAGUUGUGCUUUUAUCUUGUAUUUUUAUCUUGUGAACAGUUCUGAGAUCUUUGGAUGAAGGGAGGUAUAUUAAUUUAAUUAAUAUUAACAAUCAUAAUUAUUUAUAACCUUAUCCUCCACAAAUUUGUCUAAAUCCCAUAUAUGUAAAGCCAAUCAAAUUGGUGACCAUAAACUACCUCUUGUGACAAUGUACUCCAUAGUUCAGCUAAUAAACACCUUACGGCCUUAUGGUGGCCAAACUGGACUGUGGGGGGCGGGAGAGAAAGAGAAGAGAAAAGAAACAAAGCUAUUUUAAUCUCAGAAUGCAUGGCUCCUCAACCUGUUUUGUAAUUCUAAUUAAGGAAACAAAUGACUUGUUAACGUGCCAACAACCUCAACAGGUAGAGGGGCCUGGAGAAUCUGCAUACUGCUCUCCUACCCUGCAAUCCCCCAAUUGAGAAGCCUCUCCCAUGCAUUGAUCUGUCUUUGGCCUGGUUUGCGCAUCACAGGAAGCCUGAGUAUCACCCACCAUGACUGUGCAAAAAUGCUGACUCAUGGAAGGAAGAUCGCAACCACUUUGCUCCUCUCUGGGCUUUCUAAGGCAGCACGACACACCAACUAAGACCAGUUUUUUUUUUACUUCGUGCGUUAUUCAAAUCUAGGGCCAGGCUUAAGUUUUCCACACUACUACAGGCAACAGGUGAACAACCACACUUUUCUCUCCUAUGUAUAUAGAAGCAUAUAACUGGCUGGUCUACAACCUUUCUUCCUCACAUGCUAAUUUUGAUGUGCAGGGUUUUUCUUUUUCUACAGGGCAAAGUUUGUGGUAUGUCCUUCCUGCAUCCUGAAGUGGUGCAGUCCACUCUUCCAGCUCCUCAUUCUACUGCAAGUGUAGACCACAUAUUGGAGUUCUGCAACUGGCAGAGGCAAGGGGGCUCAGAUUCUUUCAUUAGGAGAGCAACAAAGCUGCUAAGUGGACCUCUUAGAACUUAGCAUUGUGUCCUUGAUCAGAUGUACGUGAAAGAAGAGAGAUCUUCAUAGCCCUAGUCUCCACUGACUUCUGUCCUUAUUAUCAAUCAGCUCCACAGCACUUUUGUUGUGAAAAGCAGCACUUCAUCAUUCAUAUAGCAUUAAUUCUUGUGCGGGGGGGACGACCCUCCUUCUAUGAUUAUGGGUUGCUUUUGCAGAUUUGGAGCAGUUACAGCCUCUUGUCUGGGCCAUGAUAGAACCAGUUUCAUUUCUAGUGUCCUUGUUAAGGCCUCUGUAAUCUACAGAAGAAUGACAAGAAUGACUUGAGUGAAGCCUCUGAGACAGGAAAAUAUCUGUUAAGCGGAGAACGUUUAUCUACUUUGCCUUUUCUCCCCUACUUGUAGAAUUGUGGAAGAUCUCACUGCAUAGCAAAGCUGACUAGAAAAGACACAGGGGAAAGGAAAGUUCAUCUGAAUUUAUCAGUGACCGGGUUUCACACCUGCCUGAUAUAAUCUUUCCUCAGGGAUGCCUUGCCAAGGCUGAUCUCACGCAUUUCAGCUAGAGCUGCUCAGAAUGGUGCGCUAACAUUCGUUCUGUGUGUGCUACCAGUACUCCUUCUCUGAAGCAAGUAAACACCGAUUAUCCUUUUUGAAGUGGUGGUGGGGGUAUCUAUUAUAUAAGUUUAAUGCAGCAUCUCUUUCCCAGAAUACAUCUUGGUAUAGAAGAAAGCAUUUUCCUUUAACAUAUAGAACUGCGCUCUCUCUUUCUCUCUCUCUCUGUAAAUCUGCUCAGUGGACUAUAUUGAAAAUGUGAUAGGCAGGAAAAUAAACUAAAAGCUAGAGGCAGCACUGAGUGGCCAUUUAAGCAAUAUGAAAGAUUAAAAGUACCUAUGAGAAAAGAAAACUUCAGCAUAACUAAAGUAAAUGGAGUCAGUGCCAGUUUGCUUCACUGCAGCCUGUCUCUUGAGCUUUGUCUACCACCAGAAUUUCCUAGCUAAGGAAACUGGCUAUACAGUUCCACCCUACAAAUAAAGAGGAGCUGGAGGGGGAAGGGGUGUUGAGAGCUCAGAAAGAAGCACAUCUGGAAGACCACAAUUUGAGUAAAAGUAGAAUGCAUAAGUUAAAAGAGUCUCCCACACUUUCAUCUGCCGCCCAUGCAUUCUCCACUUUUUCUCAAAUUUGGCAGUCUCAAUCUGAAUCAGGUUUGAGGGGAGCUUGCCCAUCUCUAUUUCAAAUUGCUCCGGAUAAUUUAUUAAUGAUUUCAGUAGCACAAGUCCCAAAGCCGAUCCUUGCAGGGCACUUAUUCCUCCCUCCCUCCAAUGUGAAAACUCUUCUUUUAUUUCUACUUCAAUUUCCUGUUCUUUAACCAGUUACUGAUCCAUAAAAGGCCUGUCCUCUUCUACCAUCAUGACUCAGGACUCUUUAGCGAGGAACACUGUUGAAAGCUUUUUGGAAGCCGAAGCCCAACAAGUCUACCAGAUCAGCCCAGUCUUCUAAAAGCCAAGCUGCUUCUUUCUUAGCAAGGCUUGUUCUUCCACCCUUCAGUUGUUGGCAUCCAUCUGCCUUUUGAAACAAUGGAGGAAUGGACCUUUGGGGGUGAAGUUAAACUGUUGGAAGGUUGCAGUGCCUGCUGUUGCUGCAUCUGAAAUAAUUUCAGAUUUAAUCAUGUUUCCACUAGUUUAAUGGAACAGAUGCUAGAUAGUCUGUUAUUUCCUUCAUUCCUCCCUCAUCUCUUUCUUAAUUAUCUUAUACUGAGUACCUACCGGUUCUCCAGUAGAGAGUCUGAUUUUAGUGACAAGCUUCAUAUUUUUGUUAGACGAUCAACAAUAUCACACUUACGUUCUUUAGGCACUCUUAGACAUCAAAUAUUGCAGUCUUUUUAAAACAUGAAGCUGCUAAGUUCUUGUCACAUUGCUCUGUGUCAGUUGUCUUUCUGAUUAAUUAGCUUAAUUAUCCACACUAAGUGGCUUUGCUUCCGCAGGAUCAGAUAGGAACAGUGUACAUGAUCAGUUACAUAUGGCCUCUGGAGUGGGAUCAGCAACCUUAGCGGACACUGCUCUGAAAUGUGUUGAUAUUUCAGAACUAAUCUGUUAGGGUUUUAAAGAUGAUUAAUUAAACCGUACAUAUAAUGCCGAUAUUUUGAUAACUUCUGUCAUUGUUUUAAAUCCAAUCACUUGAAUUGCUGAUCUCACAAACAGCUCUACAGGCGUGAAAUCCAACAAUUUCUUAAGGUCCAAAGCUUUUCUUUAGGUUUCCAGACUACUUAGGCUGUAUCCCUAAACUCACCUAGGGAAAAGGACAACUGAAUUUAAACAGGGCUUCUGAGUAGACGGGGUUGGGAUUGAGGUGUAAUGCACUGCAACAGACACAGUGCCUAUAUGUGAUGGAGCCUGCAAUAUUAUGCUCAUUUUGUUGUAUGUAAGUUCAUUGAACGCAGUGGGUAAGGCUGCAGCAAUAUCUAUGAAGGAAGUUUCUUCCUGUGAAUUCUUUCCUACAACAGAUUGACUGGUCUUAUAUAGGCAGUAUCACUCAUAUGUGAGAAGGACCCUUCACAUUGAAGUAUGCAGAUUCUUUCUUUCACAGUUUUUCUGUCUGUCUCAUUUACCCCAUGACACUUUGGCUGAGGAAUUCCAAUAGAUGAUGUGAUUCCUGAGAUAUAGAUGAACUUCACAUUCCAGUCCUAACAAGACCUAAGCUCAGAAGCUGUCGGUUUGCCCAGUCCUUUAAUCUUCCUUUCACAUCCUAGAGCUGUCCCAGAACAUUUCAGCACAAAGUAAGUUGAUCCGAAACCCAGAACAUUAUGUCCCCCCCCUCUAAACUCAAGCUAGGGGUGGGGAACUUGGCCCACCAGGGAUUUUAAUUUGGCCCAUGAGGCUGUUUUCCUCAACCAGGCACACCUGCUCAUAUGUGAUGUCACGUGUGGGACAGGUAAACUGUUCACUGGCAAGGGAAAGUCUUCUUUGGUUCUACCACCCUUCAGCUGCAGAAGCAUCUAAAUGUUGUGGAUUCUUCCAGAAAUCAUUGUGAACAGAACCCAUUUACCUGUCAGGAAUUUACCAGCCAGUUAGACUCAUCACUAGUUUAUACUAAUUCUAAAGGUAAAGGUAAAGGUAAAGGUACCCCUGACCGUUAGGUCCAGUGGCGGAUGACUCUGGGGUUGCACGCUCAUUUCGUUCUAUAAGCCGAGGGAGCCAGCGUUUGUCCACAGACAGCUUCUGGGUCAUGUGGCCAGCAUGACUAAGCCACAUCUGGCAAACCAGAGCAGCGCACGGAAACGCCGUUUACCUUCCCACCAGAGCAGUACCUAUUUAUCUAUUUGCACUUUGACGUGCUUUCGAACUGCUAAGUGGGCAGGAGCUGGGACUGAAAAAAUGGGAGCUCACCCCGUCACAGGGAUUCAAAUCACCAGCCUUCUGAUCAGCAAGCCCUAGGCUCUGGUUUAGACCACAGUGCCACCCACGUCACUAUACUAAACCUAGACCAGGCAAAUAUGUCCUGCACUGGCUUUGCUUUUGGCUGUUUUGGAAGCUGUUAUGAACACAGAGCAUAGGAUGUUGCUUCAUACUCAAGUCAGAUCACUGGUCCGACAAGCUCAGUAUUGUCUACACUGACUAGUGACAGAUUUUAACAGGGAUCUAUUCCCAGCCCUACCUGAAGACACCGGGGAUUGAACCUGGGACCGUCUGCUUGCAAGGCAGAUGCUUUGCCACUGAGCUACAGCUCUUCUCCAGCUAUGGCCCUUUCGAACAUAUUAUGUCUCCCCCACAAACUUCCAACAAGGAGUGGGGAGCACUUCCAGGCAGGUGACUUUAGGUUCCACUGGCCUCAUCGCAAGACAGUUUUAAAAAAUGGAUUUAACAUACAAAAGCACAGUCUUAAGUGGCUGUGCUACAUUCCCGAUUCACUCUCGCAGUUAAUUAUUUACAUCUUUUGAGGCUGCUCUGCUAUUCCAGGGGCCAGAAGUUGUGGCACAGAGGAGGAGGUGGGAACCAUUAGCUGCAUGGUGUAUGCAGCCUUGUGUUGCAAAGAGACUGGCCAAAACGUUUAAUUGAUUUUCUCUCUGCAUGCUUGGGUUCAGAAAACCUGAUAAAUGACAAAUACAAAUGUUUAUCACAAUGUGCCAGGUAUUCACAAAGUAAAUUCAGACCCCCCUAAAGAAGGGAAAAAUAUUUCUCACAGCCAAGUAGCCAUUCAUAAAAUGUAACUUUGCUGAAACAAGGAAGACUCUUGUGGCACCUCAAAGCCUAACACAAUUAUUAUAGGAGUAGCUUUUAUGUAUCUGAUGAAGUGAGUUCUAAUCCACGCAAGUUUAUGCCGUAAUAAAUGUGUCAGCCUUUAAAGUGCCAGAAGACACAUUUGUUUUUGUUGCAAGGGACCAACACAGCAGCUUCUCUCGAAUUUUGUUUUGCUCAUUUCCAUGUGAAUUUCCAGUCAAAGCCAUUUAUUAACCAGCUGGUGGCAGUGUUUUCUUUAGGAAAAGUUUUUUUUAUAUAGAAUAUUGCCUUCAUUCCUCUCAUAACAGCUUCUGAACAUUUUAAAGUGAAAGGAUCUCUCCGUUCUUUUAUUCCUCCUCCCUAAAAUUCCAGGCAAAUUCCUACAAGGAGCAAAAGCUUCUCUCCCUCCCGCCCCCAUUUGUAAGACUGCCACUGUUUUGAAGAGUUAUAUAAUACCGGGAAAGAGAACGGAGAAAAGAGGCUAUUUCUUCCAAGCUGGGGUGUCCUUGUUUUCCGUUGUUUGUUCUGACAGGAUGCUGCCUGAUUGGAAGGAUUCUUAGUCUGCCUGUGUAAGCUAAUUUAGAUUUGGAAGAGAGACGUUAAAAGCAAUAUAAAAGCAUGACAGAUUUAAUACGGUUUUCCAGCCACUACUGUGCACUGAGUUUUAAGGGGGGUUUGCUGUUUUGGGGGGUAGGAAGCACUGGAACACUUACUUCUCAUUCCCACACAUUCACAAUGGUUUCCAUUACCUACCUAACUCACAUAAUGAGGAUAAAAUGAAAGGCAACGGCAGAGAGAGAGAAAGGGGAGGGGAGGGGAUGCUUUAUUUAUGGUAUCGAAUAAGGAAGAAUGACAGUUCUAGGCAUUCAUCACAAAUUAUUAAAAGAGCCAAUCCAAAAUACAUUAAUAAAACUGUCUCACAAUGUAAUCCUCACUCAUUCCUGAACAACAACACAUGAACCUCCUGCUAGGCUGCAGAAGAAAGAACCCUGAAAAACAUUUUGAUCUCUUUAUUGGAGACCAUCCUACACUUGCUACGAAGCAACAAACGCAUAGCCAUACCAUCUGCAUCCUCUUCUUCUGGGAAUCUUUUGCUUAGAUGUAGGAUUCUGCUUUGAUGCCCAUUAUUGCCGACUAUACUUGCCCUGGCUCAUCAUCACAGAAAUGUCACCACAGCUGAAGAGGACAAUGAAGUGCUUGGACUACAUUAGCCUAGUCCUGCUUGAAAUGCCCAGAUGGGUUCCUCUAACAAAAAUGUUCUAUAGCAGCCUUAUCCAACCAGACUACAACUCCCACCAUCCCUGACCACUGGGGUUGAUAGGUCACAAUCCAAAAUAUCUGGAGAGCACCAGGUUGGGAAACACUGAUUUAUCGGUUCCCUUCUUUCCCCAGCAAGGACUAAUAAUUUGUCUAGGUCUUGGCUUCACCUCUUUUCAACCAGUGUCAGAUACCAUGCUGCAAAAGCACCUGUGAGUUUGGGCACAAUUUAUGGAACUUACCUGGUAAUUGCUUGCUUGCAACACCUUUCUUUCUACCUUCCCUUCUGUCUUGUUGCUGCUUUGAUUGUAAGCCUUCAGGAAAGGUCUUUUCUAUUCUCUCUCACGCAUGAAGUAAAUUAGUAGUACCUUUUGUACAGUCACUGAUAUUAUACAGACAUCAGUGCUACUCAUACACAUUCAUCUCCGCUGUUUGAAAAUGAACCAUAUAUUGGAUAAAAGGAAUCUUCAACCCCACCUAAGAGCAGAAAACUCAGGUCCAUGUCCUUCAGAUGUGGGGUGUGGACAGGGUCAGCCCAAGACAUUUUGCUGCCUGAAGCAAAGGGCAAAUGGUACCUUUCCAUUUCAUGCACAGAAACCAUGCACAGGUUGACAGUUAAAUGUUACUUCAACACUGAUGAAGGAACAGUGGGGAGAGAAACACAGCUGAGUCCUAGCCCUUAUCACUGCUCCCUGCCUCACAGCAACUACCUAAUGGCAGGGCUGGCCUUUAGCCAGGACACUAUUAACAACUAUGUCACCUGGUUCACAUUCCGCAUCUUGUUUGUGCAAAACUACUCCACCUGAGCUACAUUGAGGACAAAUAGCCUUUUUUGUCCAUAGAUGUGUGAACUGGUCGUCUCCACUUCAGUGCUAUAUUAAUGACAUCUCUCCAAAACCAUUUGAUUCUUCAGUCCACUGAUGAGCAGUACAGAAGCCUGAUGAGAAACCGAUCUGAUUUUCUGUCUUUCUGUGCAGAAGAUGCACCACAAGAUUUGGUGAUAGCCAUUAACUUUGAUGCCUUCAAUGAGAAGAAGAGACACAUUUAUGCAACAUAAAUCUGUCAACAGCUAUUAGCCACCAGUGCAGUUUCCAUGUUUAGGGAACAUAAGACCAGGUCAAGCUACUUACCCAUGUAGACCAGCACUGCCAGUCCUGACUGGCAGCAGCUGUCUGGCGUCACCAGCAAAAGUUUGUCCCAUGCUUUUUUAAUUGAUAGUUUUAAAACUGUAGAGACCGAGGACUGAACCUGGAACCUUCUACAUGCAAAGCAUGUGCACUAUCUUUGGCCCCUCCCUUAUGUGGCAGUGUACCAGUCGUUGGGGCCAAACACAGUAAAGUUCUUGCCUUCAUGCCCUGCUUGUAAGUUUACUAGAAGGAUCUGACUGGUCACCACUGAAAACAAUACUAGACCAGAUGCCAGGGCCGGCCCACCCAUGAGACAAGAUGAGGAGACAGCUUCAGGCGACAGGCUCCACAGGGACAGCAGAUCCCAAUGUCAAUCUUUCUUCCUCCCUCGUUCAUGACGUAGAUCUUCACUCACCCCUUCUUCCAUGGUAGGGAGUGAGAGUGCCGUUGUUUGAAUUGCUUCAGGUGCCAAAAUGUCUUGGGCCAGCCCUGCUAGAUGGACAUUAGAUCUGAUCUAAAUUGGCAGGGAUAUUUACAUGCUCUUUAAGAAGUCAUUCUCAGUAUCUGCUUUCUUAUUUUAUUUAUUUAUUGUUACAUUUAGAUUCCACCUUAUUCUCUAGGGAGUUCAAGGAGCUCUACAUGGAUCUCCCUCUCCCACUUAAUUCUCAAAACAACCCAGUGAGGUAGGCUAAGCUAAGAGACAGUGAGUGGCCCGUGGUCAGCCAGUGAGAUUCACAAAUGAGCAAGGAUUUGAACCCUAGUUUCCAAGGUCCUAAUCCAACACUCUAACCACUACACCACACUGGUUCAAGUUACUGAUCUCUUCAGAGCAUCCUAUUUUCCUCAUGGUAUUCUUGUACUCUGCCCUGUCACUCUCUUUUUAGAGUAUGACGGACAACCCUCUUGUUCACUUCUAUUCGCAUGCUUUGUUUUCUCUGCACAUGUAAAUUGGAAGCUUUGUCUUUCACGGUGGUGCAACUCCCACUACAAUUUAUUGUUGUCCUCUGUCAGAUUAUUAGACACCCUGAAGAAAAUUAUUGCUCGGUACAAAAUCAGUGCAUUUUCUGGGCAUGUUUUGCAACAGUUUCUGAACAUGAUAAUUAUGCAUUCAGAACCCCCCUAUCACUCGCUUCAUGGACUCAGCGUGUUCAGUUUCUGCUGCUUGGAAAGAUCUGGAUACAAUCCUGCCAACUUGUUCCUGCUGGACCUUUCUCUGACUCAGCCCAGGGAAAACCUAGUUACUGAGUAGACACCAUAAUUACGAAGAGAUUCUUUCCUUCCCUUCAAGUUCCACUUACUGAAGAAUACUUACUUGGAGGUCAGAAACAGGUUAAUAAUUCUGGCUUGCUGCUGACCUCCUUCUUCCUGUGGAAAUGCAUCCACUGGAUUCAAGAGUAUUUCAUCCGGCAAUGACCUUGAAACAGCAGCACAUGCAAUUAUCAUGCCAUGAAGCUUGAUUACUGUAAUUCCCCUUUAGCACUGCCUUUUCGUCUAAUGCAGUUUGUUCAAACUGCUGCAGUAGUAUCAGCUGCUGCUACCGCCACAAAAUUUUGUGUUCAGGCUUAAGCUGACACUAUCAUCUUGAUCCUGCUCAGCAGGAUGCCCAUAUCAUAAAACCCCAGGUCUUGUUGUGUGAGGAAGCCAUGAAUAGUGAGGGGAGGGAUAUGAGAAAAAAAUUGACUGGGCAAUGUGGGAAUGUCCUGAAUGAGCAGAGCCCCACAUUAUCAGUCUGUUGAAUGGCUAUUGGUGCUGUUUAUUCCACUCCAUGUUUUAUCCUUCUACACUAGUUUCCAAAGCCUCAUUUGACUGUGUUGAAAUGAUUACAAUUAGGACCAGCAAUAAAAUGUCACAGUGUGGAUUGCUUCAGCCAAAGUGCCAUUUCCAGGAAAAACUUUCCUGCAAAUGGAAAACUCUCUUCCAUUCGCCCUCCUGAAUUCUGCUAUUUCUACCUAGUUCUCAGUAGGCUGUUUUAGGGACCCUUGUUUCUUAGUGUCCCCCCUAAAUAUUUUUUGCACCUCUACAAAUCUAGGAGUUCAUACCAGCUUUCUUAUGCAUGGAUGCUUAAAAAAUCAACGUUUGGAGAACAAAUGUAGGUUUUUAGAAUGCAGUCUUAUUUUUGAUUACUGUACUUCCAAACAGAAAUGAAUAAUCCAAGGGCUAAGACAGUUGGGACACACGGUUCGAGUAAAUCAAUGUAAUGUUAUUUGAAAGAUGUUAUGCAGGUAUAUAUCCUACAAAUGUUUCCUAGACCAUUUUUUCCUGAAGAACACAAAGGGUUAUUUAAAGAUUCCGACAUAAAAUGUGGUGAAUUAAUACAGUGUGGAUCUUUUGUUCCAUUGCAGAAUAUUAAACUAGACUUGUCUCUAAAGGUGAGCAGCCUGUGUUUAGCUGUGUGAUGAUUUUUCCAAAAACCUAAACUUAAAGAAGAAAAAGAAAAAAAGAAUCUAGGGAGAGAGGGGGGGAAAUGAAUUCCAAAACAGAAAGCAGAAAGCUGCCCUGAAAUAUCUGCAGGUAAAAAAAAAAAGUGUUCCUGAGUCAGAGACUGUCUCAUAGCUAUAAAAGACAUAAACCAUCUAUAAUCCCAUUCCAACAUUCAAAGGAGUAAUAUUCAUAUAUCAAGGUGCUGAGGUGCUUUUAGCAUUCUACUUUUUUUUUUCUUUUUAAGGAAGGCAUUCAUCUUUAUGACAAAAAUAAUUGUGCAAUACUAAACCGCAGUGACUUCAGCCUUCCUCAGAAAAAAAUGCACAAAAAUUUAAAGAACUAUGGCCUUAUUCCAGAAAAUUAAGGAAGUGCAAAAAAUUAUAUAUCUUUAGGUCAGCAUGUGAGGAACAGAAACCAUGCACUACUAACCAGCCUCUCUCAUGUCUGAAGCUUUCACACAUCCUCUGUAUCCCACCCCCACCCCCCGGGUAUGAACAUCUUCAUAAAUAGUGGCACAGCCUAAACUACCUCCCUACACUGAGCAGAGGCAUUGUACGAAACCAUGGUGAUCAGCAGCUCAAUUGUGUCUAGAUUGGCAUAACAAAGAUUGUCUAGGCGGUGGCUAGGCUGGCAUAACUCGCAGUGAGAUUCUGGUCUUCUGUGCCAGACUCUCAUGCUAUACAGAGUGAUGGGUGGGGGACAAUUUGAAACAGAUUAACAAACUGAAGUUGAGUCCCAAGGUAGAUGCCAAUAAACAUCUGCAGAGACAGAUGGUUCGAAGGAAACAAGUGAAAAUACAUGCUAAGUACUGAACAGUUGGGCCAGAAACUGCCACACUUGGCGAGGCUGAAUAGUACCUUUAAAAUAUUCUCACUGGUGUCUUUGGGACAGAUUAAUAGCGUUGCAGCAAACGCAGAGGAACUAUAAUUCUGCAGUCCAAGAGGUGUGGUUUAUUUGAACAUCUCUCUACAUACUAAAGUUCAUUCACUUCCUAGGUCAGUAUAUCAGUGAAAUUAAUAGUUCCUCCGCAGUAUCUUAUCAUGUCAAGUGAGGCAGCUCAGCCCAUCAUAAAAGUCAACAAAUGCAGCAGACUUUCCAUAUCUUUGAAUGCAGAAGCGUGCUCUUUUCUGAAAUUGUUCUCGCAACGGAGGCAAGGAUGAAAACCAAGGGAUAUUGUAGGCAAUAAUGUUCAAGUAAGGCGGGGGCGGGGUGGGGGGAAGAACCUUCUGAAUUCCUCCUCCCGUAUGGAGUUUAAUCCCAUAAGACCAUUGUCCAUUGAUCGGUACUGUGCGCCGGAAAGCAAUACAGUAUUUGAAGGCUGCUCUCUGAGGAAAAGAGAUAGCAACCUGCACUGUGUUAUACACUUGAUUUCAUUCUGACAUCCUAGUGAAGAUAAAUGUAGUUCAUUUCCCAAGUAAAGUAUAUAAAUAACACCUUAAUUACUGAUCAUAGGGAGUGAUUUGCAGGGGCUGGAAUGCCCAAACAUCUCAACUGCUACAAUACAUUGUAAGGGAAGAGAAGGGAGCAAUCUAUUCUUAAGUGAAGCUGAGCCAUACUCAACCUGCAGUAAGCCUCCGCUUUCCAUGCCCCUCUCUGCUUGGCUUUGAAUAAUGCAUUGUACGAUGAUCUGACAAUAGUGCAUCACUCAGCAUCCUAAUGCAAUAGCAGCUAUUUUGCAGCACUUGUGGUUGGUGUUUGGGCUUUUUAAAAGGAAACUUGAAAGAAAAUACAAACACAUACUGUAUGAGAUACAUGAGAAAACACACACACACAGUAAUAAAUCAUUGAAAGGAUGAGUUCGGUUCAUGUUUGUAUUUAAGGAAGUAGCUGAAUCAUAUAUUACAAGGCAUAGGCAUUCUGGCAUCAGAGUGGGUAUGAAUAAACCAUACAAUCAAAAGUAAAGAUUCUCUAAUUAUUAUUUUUUAAACCCACAACCUCCAUCUUAUACUGUACCAAAUAAAGGAAGUCACAAACCACCUUCCCAAUUCCUUCAAACUCAGUAUCUUCCAUGGUACACACACACACACAAACACACACACACACACACACACACACACACCCCUUUCAUGUUUCAGACAACAUCUUUUGUUUUCCAGGAACACCUGUAUUUAUCAUUCAGUUAACACCAACAAAAACCCUUUCAGUUUAACAUGUUAUGUUAACAGCUUUCCAUGUUCAUUCAAGCUCCAAAAUGACAGGAAAUUACAGUACUUAAAGACCAUGCACUUAAAAGACAAGUUGUUUAGGCCAUGUGGAUAUAGUACGGUACCCUAUCCUGUGAUCAGUUUCAGCUUCCCCACUACUUUAGAGCAGGAUAGUUGUUAGUGGCAAAAGUGACGGACCAAAGUCCCCGAUUUCUCUGUUUGCUGGAAGAGACUUAUAGAGUACAAGCAACUGUCUGAAACUAUCUUACAACUGCAGAACCUCAUUCCAUUACAAGUACCCAACUGGCAACCAAUACCACCCACUAAGCCACAGCAUUUUAUUCUAGAAUCAAUGCAAGCUGAGUACUUGUAUUUCUACAUAGUCUGCCCCAAAGCUAGAUCUAUUGCACAUUCCUUGCCCCUGAAAAGUGCUUAUUGACAAACUGGUUGCGUUUCAAAAACCAAAGCGCAUUCCACAGAGUGAUUCCACUUUAACCCUCAGUGUGUCCAUUGGAAAACAGAUGUAGGAUGUUCCAGCAAUGCAGGGAGCAAUCCAUACAUGCCCAUACAUUGUGGAUGAAUGUAUACCAAGAUUACAAUCGCCAUUUCCUUCCUCAUUCCCCUGCAGGGAGGAAAAAGCAUGGAUCAAGUGACCAGAGCCACCCUUGUGGAUGGCAGGAUAUAGGACUCAAUUUAGAUUGAAAGCAGCAUGUUGAGGGCAAGCAUGAAUGAUUCUGGUCUGCACUUUAGUACAAAUGAUUUAGUAGGUACACAACUAUAUAAUGGUAGUUUGGGGCCAAUAAUGGCAGGAGGCAAUUCAGCCAACUCACCCUUAGCAUGGAAUCACAAAUUACUGUAGGCUAUAAAAGCUAAGCACAAUAAAUGCUUGUCAAAUCCACUGAUGCUUUGUUUGGAGGUGGGGAGGGAAAUUAAUAUUGAGUAUACAGUAGUUUAGAACUGACUUUCUAACCUUCCUGUUAAUUUUACCUCAAUUACUUUAAUGGGGCGUGGGGGUAGGUGCUGGUCUCCAGUACUAAUGCCUGAACUUGUUACUAUCCCCUGACUGUUAGCCUCCACCUGUUCCAUAUCCCUCAUAACUACACACUGGGCACCAUGCUGCAGCGGGCGCCACAACAAUACUGUAGAAUGGAGCAUGAGAGGCGCCAAGUGCAAAUUUUAGUGUCGCUCAGGGCGCUAAUGGAAUUUGAGAGCCCAAAGCCAUCCUCUGACGGUUUUGCACCAAAGCAAAGUUGCUGCUUUACCAUAGCUAAACAUUUAUAUCCUUUGCAUGCAAAAGCUCUCAGUUUCAGUUUCCAGCACUUCCAGUAAGAGUUGGGAAAUUCUUUUAAUAAAAAAGCAAAAUAUGUGAAAGCAAAAAAGAACAGAAAAGAAAGAAAGAAAGAAAGAAAGAAAGAAAGAAAGAAAGAAAGAAAGAGGCAAGGGGGAAAGGCCAUGUAGCCAGCAAAGAAAGAAAUCAAACACUGUCUUCCCAGUCCCCCCUCUCUUUCUGACUGUUCUUUUGUUUCAUUGCAUAGUCGACUCUCUGCCAAUUCCUGUCUAAUUAUGUGACUGACUUAACGCUCUUAUUGACAUGCUGUGUCUAGCACAACACAAAUGUUGCCAUAUUUUUGAGCAUGAAAAUGAACCUAAAACUGUGAAACAUAAAGUGGCAGGUCACAGGAUACACUUUUUGGGCAUCGUUGAACAAUAGUUAAAAUAUGCUUGUGAAUGCAGUGCUUUCAUCGCCCAAGAAGCUAACAAGAUUCAUUUUGCCAGGAGAGUGGAAUAGCUUGUACAGCAAGCUAAAACGAACAAACAAAGCAAAGGAGGCCAAAAGGAAAAGCCUGUUAAAACACUUCACUUGUCAUAACACUGGAGAGCUGCUUAUUAAGGCAGAUAGAACAGAGGAGGACCUCUCAGUCCAAUUGGCUGUAAUGGUGACAAGAGGAAAUAAUACUUUGUGGUCAAAGAGGUAUAAAGGACCAGCAAUAUUGUUAAAUCUAAAAAUGUUGCACAACACUUUAUUGAAUGUAUAGUCUGCUGUUGGGGAUCCUGAGUUUGCUUGACAAGGCUACUGCCAUUUUAUAAAAGGCACAAUUGGCCAAUGCCUUUAUGAGGAGGACCAAUCAACAUUUUAUAAAAUCAUGGCAUGCUUGCAGGUUCUCCAGAAGUCUUCAUUGGGCAAGAUAUUACACAAAGUUGGGUGAAUGAGGAACACACACUUUCUCUUCCUCUGUUUCUUUCUUUACUGUAAAGGUAAAGGGACCCCUGACCAUUAGGUCCAGUCGUGGCGGACUCUGGGGUUGCAGCGCUCAUCUUGCUUUAUUUGCUGAGGGAGCCAGCGUACAGCUUCCAGGUCAUGUGGCCAGCAUGACUAAGCCGCUUCUGGUGAACCAGAGCAGUGCACGGAAACACCGUUUACCUUCCCGCUGGAGCAGCACCUAUUUAUCUACUUGCACUUUGACGUGCUUUCGAACUGCUAGGUUGGCAGGAGCAGGGACCAAGCAACUGUACAAAGUACAAAAGUAUAAAGCAUAAAACAAAGGACUGUAGAUGUCGUAACCAUAGGGUCAGCUUGUAGACUCUAUUCCCAGAUGGACUUUGCAGGUAGAAGCCUGUACUAGGUGUUAAAGGUUACAUACCUUGUGUUGUAAGCAAGACCUGUACCAUGUCUUAUAUAAAACUCACCCAUUCCAGUUUAGACAGAAAGUAAAAAAGAAACAUGGCAGGUCUGGGUUACAAACCAGGUUUAUGCCCCCAAAAUACGGCAGCUAUUGUUUCUUUACACCAGACAUCUGUAACACCUAAAAGACUAAAGACUUAUCCACACUUGCCUUUCCAGGUUCAGUCCACACUUUAAAGCUCCAGGUCUGAGUGCCCCCCCUUUUCUUGCUUUGGACCUUUCCCCACGAAAGCCAACUCUUUAAAACUUAAUCUGCAACAAACCUGAAUUGGCGUUUGCUCUGACAGAGAGCUAAAGAGUGUGGGUUUGUUUUUUUGCAGGGAUAAAGUUCUGAGGCCCCAAAAACACACACAAACACUUGGACAUGGAGCUUUUGAGAAUGGACCUGUGUCUAGAAAGAGCAGGGCAAAAGGUUUAUUUAGUCUGCACUCUCCAUUGCAAAACAUCCACAUUUCUGCUUGCCCUGUGCUUUCUAGGCCACAGGUCUGAGUUGCUUUUUGUUUGCCUCACUUUCCUGGGGAAAACCCACUGUUUACCACUGAAUCAAUGCUCAGAAAACCCAACUGACAUUUGUUCUGAUUCAGCAAUAAUCAUCAGGUUUCCCUGGAGGAAAGCUGUGGAAUAAGCAGAAGUGUGGAUGAGCCCCAAGUCUACAAGCUGACUUUCUGACUAAUUUCUCCUACUCGUCCACUUGCCUGAUGCCUGUUAUAGAGUUCUGCAGAACUCAAUCCAUUUGUGACAUUUUGGCCAGUCCUAAUAAACAUAUUGCCUGACUGUCUAUUGGAGGCCCCCCCCCCUUUAUGGACCAACAUUGCCUUUGCUUUCUAUGUGCCAUUUUGCAUGGUCCAGACUGCAUUCUGAAGGAGUGUACAGUGUUUGAAGCUUGUCUGUACACGUAUGACUGCACCCAAUAUCCUCAAAGCAGACCCACUGGGACCAAUGCACUUGUCAAACAAAUCCAUUGUUUCAGGGGUCUAUGCUGACAGAGCAGAACCCCACAGCCAGAGAACAGAGGAGGCCACCGUGGCUAGAGCCACACAUUAUUACUUCUUUUGCUGCUGUCAUCUUUUGUGUCAUUUUGUACUGCAGGCUUCAGUCUUCUGGGUUCCACAUGCCAGUAGUGGGCAGGGGCAGGGGCAAAAGUAGGUGGAGCAAUUGAUGUUAAUAUUAUCAUUGUACAGUUGGCUAGUUUCUACAAUGCAGGGCUGGUGAGGGUGCUCCACUGGGUUUUCCAUCAUCUGAACAUCUUGUGGCAAGCCAGGGGAAGAACCUUCGCUGCUGUGGCACCCAGCUUUUGGAACCAACGUCACCCUGAAGUACAACAGACACCAAUCUUAGUUGUGUUCUAGGUUGAAAGCCUAUUUAUUCUGCCAAGCACCUGCUGGUUUUUUAAUACAUAGCUUUAAGUGGUUUAUUUUAAUUGAUAUGUUUUCUGCUGUGGAUUGUUGUAUUUAUUAUUUUAGUUUAUUGUUGUGUUAAUGCCUCUUGUAGACUACCCUGGAAUUAUACAAUGAAGGGUGGUGUAUAAUUUUUAAAAAUAAAUGUAUGUUCCCUACACAGAUCUUGAUGUUUUGCAGCUGAGAUUCCUGCCGUACAUUGCAUUAACAGUGAAGAAGAUAGGGCAUUAAAUCUAGUGAGUGAAAAAGCUAACCUAAGUAAAGAUUAGGGCAUGUAUAGAGAGGAACUCAUGUGUGGUGUGUGUGUGUGUGUGUGUGUGUGUGUUGGCCAGUACCUUUGUCCUCAACCUUUUUUGCACGAACUAUUUCUUUUCCAAGGGUGAGCAAGAAAAAAGAUUACUUUCGACCUGCAGUCUAAACUAGUACUGCCCACUCUUAUCACCUCAUUCUGUUGCAUGUGUAGACAAGGCUUCAUGCACAGAUAAGGCAUUGAUGUCUACAAGUCAGCCCCACUGACUUCUGCAACAGACUUAAUUCCCAGAUCAUAUCCAUAGGAUCAGGUUGCAUGUGACGUGGAAACCAAUUCUGGGGAUUAAAUGGGAUUUACUUCUAGUAACUGUCCUUAGAACUGAGGUUCUAGCAGUUUAUCCAUCAUCUAAUUCCCACAUGACACUUCAUGUAAACAUUUCGCUUUAAAAAGCUCAUGCGUCUAUGUCCUGGAAUACAAAGGGGGUUAGCAGUGGGGUGGGGUGUGUUGAUUUGCUUUGUAAUAUAUGUGCCAGUUUCCUUCCUUUUUUUUUUUUUAAUGAUAUUUAUUAAGGUUUCCAAAAAAAAAGUUACAUAUAUAAGAAAAAGAAAAAUAGAAAAAAGAAAGAAUACAAAAUACAGAAAAAAUAAAAGAGACUUUAAAAACAAAUCAAUCUUUCCAUGCCUUACAUUUCAUUUACUUGUUUCCCUGACCUCCUCACGCCUCCCUUUUUUGUAUUCCAGUUCAGUUAAUUAAUUCAGCAAUUCCUUUCCCUCUUUGUUUUUAUCUUAAUCCUUUAACUUAAUAUAUUAUAGCUUUAGGUUCUCACCUGUUAACAAUCCAUUUUUACAUACACCUUUAUAACAUUGCUGCUAAAACCACUUAACUUCAUUCUGACAUCAUUCUAACAUUCAUUAAUUUUACAGUAUUUCUGUAAAUAGUCUUUAAAUUUCUUCCAAUCUUCUUCCACCGACUCUUCUCCCUGGUCUCGGAUUCUGCCAGUCAUUUCCGCCAAUUCCAUGUAGUCCAUCACCUUCAUCUGCCAUUCUUCCAGAGUGGGUAGAUCUUGUGUCUUCCAAUACUUUGCAAUAAGUAUUCUUGCUGCUGUUGUGGCAUACAUAAAGAAAGUUCUGUCCUUCUUUGGCACCAUUUGGCCGACCAUGCCCAGGAGAAAGGCCUCUGGUUUCUUCAGAAAUGUAUAUUUAAAUACCCUUUUCAUUUCAUUAUAAAUCAUCUCCCAGAAAGCCUUAAUCCUUGGGCACGUCCACCAAAGGUGAAAGAAUGUACCUUCAGUUUCUUUACAUUUCCAACAUUUAUUAUCGGGCAAAUGAUAGAUUUUUGCAAGCUUGACUGGUGUCAUGUACCACCUGUAUAUCAUUUUCAUAAUAUUCUCUCUUAAGGCAUUACAUGCCGUAAACUUCAUACCUGUGGUCCAUAACUGUUCCCAGUCAGCCAUCAUUAUGUUAUGUCCAACAUCUUGUGCCCAUUUAAUCAUAGCAGAUUUCAGCGUUUCAUCCUGAGUAUUCCAUUUCAACAGCAAGUUAUACAUCUUUGACAAAAUCUUGGUUUUGGGUUCUAACAGUUCUGUUUCCAAUUUUGAUUUUUCCACCUGGAAGCCAAUUUUCUUGUCCAAAUUAUAUGCCUCCAUUAUCUGAUAAUAAUGAAGCCAAUCUCGCACUUUAUUUUUUAGUUUUUCAAAACUCUGCAAUUUCAAUCUGUCUCCCUCUUGUUCCAAAAUUUCCCAAUAUUUCGGCCAUUUGGCCUCCAUAUUGAGCUUUUUCUGAGCCUUCGCUUCCAUCGGUGACAACCACCUUGGGGUUUUAUUUUCAAGUAGGUCCUUGUAUCUUAUCCAGACAUUAAACAAUGCUUUCCUGACAAUAUGAUUUUUAAAUGCUUUAUGUGCUUUGACCUUAUCAUACCACAAAUAUGCAUGCCAUCCAAAUACAUUAUUAAAACCUUCUAAAUCCAAAAUGUCUGUGUUUUCAAGAAGUAGCCACUCUUUCAGCCAGCAAAAAGCUGCUGAUUCAUAAUAAAGUUUAAGGUCUGGCAGGGCAAAUCCACCUCUUUCCUUUGCAUCCGUUAGUAUUUUAAAUUUUAUUCUAGGCUUCUUGCCCUGCCAGACAAAUCUAGAAAUAUCUCUCUGCCACUUCUUGAAGCAAUCCAUUUUAUCCAAAAUUUGCAAUGUUUGAAACAGAAACAACAUUCUAGGCAAUACAUUCAUUUUUAUCGCAGCAAUACGGCCUAGCAAUGAAAGCUUCAAAUUUGACCAGAUUUCUAAAUCUUUUUUCACUUCAGUCCAGCAUUUUUCAUAAUUGUCUUUAAAUAGAUUCCCAUUUUUAGCUGUCAUGUUAAUCCCCAGGUAUUUCACUUUCUUAACCACUGUUAAACCUGUCUCAUUCUGAAACCUCUCUCUCUCAAUCGCUGUUAAAUUUUUCUCUAAGACCUUUGUUUUUGACUUAUUCAGUUUAAAUCCUGCAACCUGACCAAAUUCUUGAAUCAGUUCCAAAACUCUUUUGGUACUAGAUUCUGGCUCCUGUAAUGUCAGUACUAAGUCAUCUGCAAAUGCUCUCAAUUUGUACUGUUUAGCUCCGACUUGUAUACCUUUAACCAAUUGGUCCCUUCUAAUCAUGUUCAGCAGGACCUCCAGGACCGAUAUAAAAAGCAAUGGGGAGAUUGGGCAACCUUGUCGUGUCCCUUUUUCUAUCUUAAAUUCCUCCGUCACCACGUUAUUAACAAUUAAUUUAGCCUUUUGUUCUGAAUAAAUUGCACUUAUACCGUUUCCAAAGCCUUGGCCUACCCCCAUCCCCUGUAGAUUCUUCUUCAUGAAACUCUGUGCCAGUUUCCUUCCAUGCAGUGAUUUUUAUUUGUAUUUUAUUGUGCUAAUAAUAACUAAUAUACCCUUUUCACAUCUGUCUUGUUCUUUCCUGCAAUCAAAAUGACGUUUAGAUCUAAAAGUGGCAGGAGGCUCUUUCCUAUUAUGCUUACAGUGGUUUGUGAUACUAAAUUACCCAUAUAUAUGCAAAUAAAAGCAAAUUACCAUAUCGAAACAGAAAGAACCUCCUUUUCAAAAUGUGCAUGGCAAUAAUCAAAUUGCUGUAUGCCAUUACAAUAACUAAAUUUCAAUCUUGUAAGUUAAAUAAUGUGCUUUAUAUAUCUAGUUAUCUAACCACCUAUUUUGCCUGUAAGCUGCAAACAGUAAAAAUGUUCCCUUUCCCCAUUUCUCAUGUUGUUGUUUCAGAGAUUUUAUAUUCGGGCUUGGUGUUCUCUCACACAUGCACACAAAAACCACAUAAGUUGCAAUUUGAAACACUACUGUGAACAAGAGGCUAUUUGGAUUGAGGCAUUGAUGCAGGUUAUGACAGGGCAAGGUCAUUCAGUAUUGGGCAACGCUGUAAUUUGUAUCAUUACUUGCAGGGAAAUUGUUAGAGGAGUGGCUGACAAGAACCCAGCCUCUAAAGUCUGACCCAGAGGGAACUGCUAAGAGAAGCAGAUCAAUCGCUUGCAGCAGCAAUCUCAUGUCCAGAAGAGACCGGUAUGAUUAAUCCCCUCUUGGAGUCUGAUUCACCGACCUUGGCUGCAUACUAGACUUCUCUGCUCAUAACCAUCCUGUCAUGCUUCGAGUCAAAGUGGUGAAGCAGUAAUAAAAAGAAACAAAAAGCUGGACAUUUCCCAGUCACAUCACUGCAUGAUUAUGGGUUGACUAGAGUUUUUCUAACCCACAUUAGGGCCAGUUCUUAAGAUACAGGAGACUGCUGCUCCCAUAUGGAUACAUUCCAUGCUACUCCAAAACAUUAGAACUACAAAACAUCUGGGAGUAUUCAGCAAAGUAGUGUCCCCUCCCCACUCUGCAACAGAGAAGGACAACACUGGCUUAUAAAGCCAUCCUGGUCCUUGGCAUCUCCCAUGUGAUCUCACUAUUUAAAUAUUAUAGGAAUGAAUAUAGGAAAAUAGGAAGGACACUCCUUCUGGGUGGCAAAAAUUAAUGAUUCUGUGUACAGAACCAUGGAUUGUAAUUAUUCAAUAUGUACCUAAAUACUAACCUGAUCUCAAUAUAGAUAGUUAGGAUGAUGGCUCAUAGCCUUUUCUGAAAUAGUGGAAUUUGGCCCAACCACAGGUAUAAGUGUUAAACCAGCCAUCUGAGCAGUUUACUAUAAGUAAAGAUUGCAAUUCAGCUGAUAGUGAGGGAUGAAUGUGAAAAGAUUAUUACAGGCUGGAUGGCACUUGGGAAUAUAAUAAACCAUCCAGGCAAUUAUGAUCUCAAGUCUGCUCAAGCUGACAUGAAGAAAGAAAGAAAGAAAGAAAGAAAGAAAGAAAGGUAACCAAGUGAUAUUCUAGGCUUCCAUUUGAAUCAUCCCAACAAAUUUCUGUGCUUGUCUAUUGUUGUGUAUGGAAGCCACUCUGAAGACAGACUUAUAAAUCGAUGGUUGCAAUUGGUUUCAGGCAUGCCUGGUUUCUAGUGUAAUCCAAUGGGUAAAAGCUCACAGUCUUCCCUUUCUCUGUGUUGUAAAUGUCCCCAUUCCUGUCUGGUCCCCAAAAUUGCUUUGUGUUUACAUCACAAUAUUGGCCUCAGGGACUCCCAUGCAGAGUUGGCAACACUGGGUGCAUGCUGAGGCCCAUUUGCAAUCUGUGCAUCCAACUCCUGGCCCUGCUGCUCUUCCUUCUCAUUGAUGUUUGCUGUUCACUUGCCCUCUCCAAGCAAGCACUGAGAGAAGCGAGGAGAAGGCUCUGCACAGUAAUCUCAGCACACCUUGUCCCCUGUCUUGAAGGGUACUGUUAAAUGACACCGGAGGGAGAAGCAAAGGUAUGUGCAAAGCAGCAGCAGUAAGGAAGAAGAGAAUGUGUGCCCACUGAGGGAAGAGGCCCACUGGUAGCAUCUUGCUUACCUCCCCCCAAGUUUGAAUUGGCACUGUUCCCCUGCUGACAUGGGGAUUCUCCAUACAUAAAAAGGCUCUUAGUAGUGUAUGUACUUCUAUGCUACCAGUAUAUUGUACUUCCCAACCACUGGUAUCCAAAGAUUUGGGAGCAAAAGAACAACAUUAUGUGCAUUUUUUGUUGGUAGUAUUGUUUGAUGCAGUGUACAUAAUUCUGGCUAACAUAGGUUAGUUGGAGUGCCCACACUCCCCCCCCCAUAGACCACUUGAAAUUUGUUGAGGGUCUUGGUGGACCACAAUGCCUGAUGUAGCUAUUUUGAUGUGCUGUGCUACAUCCUAAUGAUUUUUUAAAUUAUAUUUUUAUGGACACACCUCGGACCACGUGAAUGAAGCUCACAGAUCUUUGGUGGUCCAUGGACCAGUUUGGGAACCCCUGCAUUGGAAGGAAGUCUGCAUUCUAAAAUAUACCAAAGAUGCUCCUCUCAAGUGGCUUCAGAUAAAUCAGAAAUCUCCAACUCUUGUUGACAAUUUGUGCCACAAAAAAUGUCCACCCUUCAGCUUGUACAUAGUUUUUAUUCAUAUGAAAACAAUGAUAGAUGAUGCUGUUUCUUUUUAUGCACUUAAGACAACUCAAAUUUAUUAUUCAGAUUUUACAUCUGCUUUUACAAAUGUAAUUAUUACUGUUGAAAAGCUUAAAUGGAAGUUUUGAAUUUACCUUAUACAAUGAUUAAUAUGUUUGCUUUGCUUUCAGAAUGCAGCUAAUCGAAUGCCUUCAUAACAUCUUUAUGCCAGCAUGCAGAAAUUCUUACAUCACUUCUCUGAGGAAAUGGCCACAAGGUAAAAGUCACACAAAUAAUGUAACUCAGCAGAUGACCUUUUCUUGUUGACAAAAUCUACAAUGUUUUGAGACUGCACAGCUAACCAGGUCUAUUUUUGUACAGCAGAGGAAUAAACGCAUAGACAUAAAGAGGAAACUAGACUAGUUUCUGUUAUAGCACACCCAUUAGUUGAUAGUUGGCUCAUCUGAAUAUAUGAUUCUGUACAUAGAGGAUAAUCUAUAUAAUGAUUAGGGGAAGGAUAUGUCAUGCACAUUAAUCUACUUUCACUGGCGUCAAUACAGGGACUAAAAACUUAACUUGUCCAAAAUAUAGUUCAAAACACUUUCUUGUAGAACCUGUAUUGAAGAACGCUUGGUUUCCUGACACCCCUGCAGAUUGAAUUUGGCUUUCUGUUCCAUGCAACUUCCAUUUAUCCAAAUACCCAGUGCUUUCUAUGAAUGAGAUUGUACUAAAAUGGUUUCAUGUAAAUGAGCAUUGUGUCAGCAAAAUUACAAAACAGCGCUUCUGUGUACUAGAGAUGAGCACAUUCAGAUUAUUAAAUUGGUUUCUUCACAACAGGUUCCAAAUGGUUAAUAACAAAACACAAGGCCCAUAUUUGUGUUAAGACAUCUGUUAACAGGUGGAAUGAAACCAAAAACACUUUUUAUAUCAACGCAAAAAUGUAUGCUGUUAUUUUUUUAAAGAAAUGCCUUUGAACAAUCACAUUUGCGUCACUUGGCUUGUACCAUUUCAAAUAAACAUCUGUUUACAUUAUGAACACGCUGAUACAUUUGUGUCUGUUGGCUCCAUUUCUCAUCUAAAAAUGCAGUACAAACAAUUUUAAAGCACAUUCAGUUUAACUUUAUACAUUCUGAUUUGUAGGUAUUUCCUCCAGCACUUGCUUAUGACUUGGCUCUUUGAUAGGAAUUUUUUUUAAUUCCUGAGCCAACCCCAUUCCGAAAGGACCUCUUAAUAUAAGACUUCUCCAGAAAAGGCUUUAACAAUGCUAGUUCUUCGGACCCAUCCACCUUGGCUAGGCAUCUAUUGAGCAGGAGGAGACAGUAAUCAGAGUUCCCAGACAGCUGGCAAUUCAAAGAAAAAGGAUUAUUGCUCUGAAGAUUUUGGUUUGUUUGUCUGUUUUUUUUUAAAAAAAAUAACAGAUAAGGAAAAGCCAUGUUAUGGAUUUAUAUGCUUGUGACAGGGGCACAUACGUACGUAUACACACAAACUCAUUUAGGCUUAAAAAGACAUGGAUGAAUUUGUAUUAGCUGUAGAUUAAGGGUAUAGAAUGUCAGGUUUUCAUAAGGUCCAUGGAUAUGAAAGCACAGCUUACCUGGAAGAAUUGUUAGUAUUGUAGACUGUGCUCAGAAGCGAGCCAUUUUACUGUAUCAUUAAUGAUGUUCUAUUGUUCUGGCUUUCUUUUAAGAUAGGGCUACUUUUCCUGUUGCUGAUUUUUGUGUGCGUGACUAAUCAUCUAACCGUACAUGCUGACAGGAAAAAAAAUACCUUUAUAUAGUCAAACUUCAGAGUGCACGGCUGAUGCUUUUUAAUGAGGCUUUGAGGUAUUAUCUUUCCCCAACCUUGUCUUAAGGGCUCAGGGAGACACACAAUAACACCCUUUUGACAUGUAAUCCUUACUAGCACCCUUUGAACUCAGGUAGGCCGACAAAUUGCAACUUUUUGUGCCCUGUGAAAUUGCUGACCAGGGCUUGGAACCUGGGUCUUCUCCCUUUAAAGGCAGCCAUAUGCUUUGUCCACCACAGCUUUGAGGGUUAAGAUGCUAUACGCCUUAGCUGACCAGGCCCUCAGACAUGCUUCAGCAAUGAAUGCGUGGCAGCACUUGUGAAUGGCAGCUAAGCUUCCAUUCAAAAGUGGCACUGCUGUCCACUGCUGAACUCACCAUAGCCAGUGAAUGGUGUCAUGGUCAGGUGAGGCUGCUAAGUGGCCCUUCCAAGCCAUGGGACCAGUGGAUAGGGUCUGACCUGGUAGACUGCUGGCCCCAGGCCUGAGUCCUUGCCCUAUCACAUAGUUCAUGCAAUCUGGCCCCUCCUCAAAACCACCAUGUGGAAAACGAAAACAGUGGCUCUCAUGGCAAGGUAGGACAUGGGAGAUUUGUGGCAAUGCAGCUGCCAGUGACAGGUACUCAUGGGAGACUCAAUGAGCCCCAAAGCAGCACAAGCUGUUUGUGGGGAGGAAAUUUAAAUACUCUGACCAGCAGACCUUGCCAUUUUCUAUCCACUAUUUAAAUUUCCUACGAUGUCCCAGAGCAACACUGUGUUGCAGGCAAUGUUGGAAAUUUAAGUGGAUUCUAGGUUCAGUCACCCAGUGCUACCCAAAGGACAGGACUAGUAAAAUCAUCUAAAGGAGGUAGGCUGGCAUCAUUAGUGGGCCGAGGCAGUGAGGUCCUGCAGCUGGCCAAGGGUGCUGAGUGCCUAAGCCCGGCCUGAUGACUUCAUUUUAGCUGAGAAGCAUGAGCCGCCUGCACCUCCAGGCUCGGGCUGGACUAGGUAGAUCUAGUUUUGGACUCAUGGGUUAAAAAUUAAGUUGUACCCCCAGUGGGGUCCUGGGAUCCCCCAAAUCCUGGAGAUUUCUAAUCAUAGAGCUAAAAAUCUCAAGGGAGACUGGCCAAACCAUCUGUGGGCUUUCCUCGCUUUCCAGAAAUACCCAACACUUACAACAUGCUUAAUGCAAAAGCUCUUGAACUUCCAGAGGUGUAAUAAUAACCACACAGGGUUUGGAAUAUUUUAUAAUAUAUUUUAAAGGCAAAUAGACAAUGAAUAUGGUGUGUGCGUGUGCGUAAUGAAACAAUGAAUGCAUUUAAUGAUUCAUAUUCUUGCAAUGAGAUCCAUUAAGAAUGCUAUUAAAAAUGGAUGACCUCUAAUCAAUAUCCUGGCCAAAAAACAAACAAACCCCAACAACAAACCUCAUAAUUAUUGCACAGAAACAGAAGCUUAUUGAUAUUUAAUUGAAAUUCAAUACAAGGGGCAGACUAAUGGGUCCCACUUAUACAGGCAAUGCAUUUUAUUAAUUAAAAGGUGAUUGCAUAAUUGUAAUAUGAAACUACUUUUAGUUUACAGCUCUAUAAAUAUAAGCACAGAGCAAUCCUAACUCCCACCUUGUUGAAGGUGGAGGGUUAGGAUGUGCCAGAUGUUUUGCACAACCUUUUUUUUUUUUUUGCUAGGCUACAUGAUAGAGCCCCCCUGUUCUCCCUCCUGGCAGAAGUGGCUGUUAACAGACUACCUCUUGCUUCUGCUGUACUGACUAGAGUGGCACAGCAGAAAAAUGGGGGGGGGGGACUGUGUUCAUCAUCUGCCCUGGCCAGUUUGAGCAGAAGGACUUUGAAUGUAGCAGGGUUCCACCACUGACCACCCCAGUUGGGAGUUAAGUUUGGUAGCUAAGUCUCUUUGAAUUCAUUGAGUCUUAUUUUUGAAUGUAUAGGAUUGCACUGUUACAUCCAUUUUGAUUCUCAGGUUGUCUAUAAAUCCAGAAAUGGCCCUGGUCAUUCCAUAUAAGGUGUGUGUGUGAUGGAGAACACCCAUAUUGAAAGAUGCUAUCUGUCCCAAGUUGGAUCCAAUUUAUCCUUGCAAUUAAUGUUUUAGUGCUGGCUCUGUAAAAACCACCAUCGAUGCAGAGACGGAUUAUAUCAUUUAGAAGCAUUUUUGCUCAUUUCAUUUCCUCAAAAGCUUGUCUUCAUUUGCUUUAACGAUAAAGCUAAGUUUUCUAAUUACAUGCUCUAGACUCAAGCUCUGCGAUACCCACCUAUAUACAGUGUAUAUUACUUGUCUGAACAGGAAGAAGUUCACUGGGCACUGAAAUGAACACUCCCAAGUUAGGUGGAGUUACGAAUCUGGACCAUUUGUCCAUCCUGCCCAGUGUUUGCUGCUUUACUGACUGGCGAUGACACUGCACAGUUUCAAGGCCAAACUAGUUGCAAGAUUAAAUGUGUAUUUGCAUUGGUGGCAAUGGGGCAUUUCCUCCUUAUGCAAAUAGCAACUUCAGAGGAUGAAGUUUCCUCAGGAUUGGAGCUGGGGAGGAAAUGGUUACAUUCCUUCCCCAUACCUGCUGAGAUGCUGCUAAUGAUCAGAUCCCUGCUCCAUGGGUGCUAUUUGCAUAUAUAUAGCCAUUUUAAAUGCACAUUUAACAUCAUGUCUUCCUGGAGAUGCUAGGACUUGAACCUGGGAUCUUUUGCAAGCGAAGUGUGUGCUGGACCACUAAGGUAUGGUGGGUCUUCCUUCCUCCUAAGCCAUCUUUCAGAGGCAUGCCACAACUUGGGAGGAGAAGGUACUGGAAGCAGCACUGUAACACUAUGGUAAAGUCUAGUGGAGGAAGCUUCAGUCAGAUUACAUACGACCCAGUGUAAAAGGAGUGGCCAAAUUCCCGCAGGUGGUGGUUUCCUGACAAUAUUACACAUAGCUAGAACAAGAAAAGUGGAGAAUGAAGAAUUCUACAAGAUAUUUUUACAGCUGUGGGAUAUACAGAAACACGGGACUUAAUUACUGUAAUAAAACUACAGUCUAAUUGAGUAUUACAAAGCAUCAAUGAUCAUCCUGGACAAUAUAUCUGCUUUUUCAGUGGUAAUUUCUUUUGAUUCGCAGAAAAUUAAUUUAUCUCACUUGUCAUUUGGCUUUGGUCCAAAGAAACUUAGGAGCAGCAGGAUCUUUCAGCGCACGGUGUGUUUGGAGAUAAACCGCAUCUUGUAUGUGAGGAUUGGGCACAAGGGGACCCUCUGGUGCUAAUGAAUGCAGUUGCUCAUGGUCUUACUCUACAGCUGGCUGUGAUGCUGUUCCCUCCUGCCCGGUAGGUAUUGCAAAUCCACACAAUCUGUUUCAUUCCAUGUAUUCUUAUGGAUCUUGAGGAUGCUAGUGACUACAACAAAAGGAAGCCCUUUUGGUUGUGCCACAUGCUGCAGAUGUUCCUCAUGACUCCUGUGGUGAUGCCUACCUUGUGGGUCUCCUGGAAACCCUUUGGGGAAGAUAGCACUGUCAGAUUAUGGGAAGGGAAAUGAGUCGCUACCUGGGGUAGCCAAGCAUGAUUCAGAGGGGAAAGUGGGUCUGGUGCUCUCUCCCAGGACAAGGCAAUACCUCCUAGAAAGGAAGGAGUCCCAUCCACCUAGACGUAGUGCCCACUUGCAGGCUAGACAUUCCCACUGGAAUAGAGAUUCACACCCCACCUUGGCUUAAAAGUUUGUCACUGAUCCUGGACCCGUGAAUCAUAGCUCUUUCUUCUAGAUCAGGUUGUUCUGCCUUGUGGGCUGUAUUACUAUUUUCCUGUUGCCAAGUCUGUACCAUUCUCCUGCUUUAAUAAAAAUCUCCCCCUUACAUACAAGUCAGAGCAUCUGCUGUCAUGUUUUGGGAUGGGAGCAAGGACAGCAUAUCCCACCCCACCCCUAAAGGUAAAGGUAAAGGGACCCCUGACCAUUAGGUCCAGUUGUGGCCGACUCUGGGGUUGUGGCACUCAUCUCGCUUUAUUGGCCAAGGGAGCCGGCGUACAGCUUCCGGGUCAUGUGGCCAGCAUGACUAAGCCGCUUCUGGUGAACCAGAGCAGCACACGGAAACGCCGUUUACUUUCCUGCUGGAGCGGUACCUAUUUAUCUACUUGAACUUUGACAUGUUUUCUGCUAGGUUGCUAGGUUGGCAGGAGCAGGGACCGAGCAACAGGAGCUCACCCCGUCACGGGGAUUCGAACCGCCAACCUUCUGAUCGGCAAGUCCUGGGCUCUGUGGUUUAACCCACAGCGCCACCCGCGUCCCCCACCCCACCCCUAGUCAUGCUUUAAAAAAUAUAUGGCAAGUUGCAGUUAUGUUGAAAUCACUUUUGUACCACUUUAACAGCCAUGACUUUCCCCAAAGAAUCCUGGAAACUGUAGUUUGUUAAGGAUGCUGAGAGCUGAUAGGAAAGCCCUCACAGAGCUACAAUUGCCAGCUCUAUUAACAAACUACAGUUCCCAGGACUCUUUGCUGGAAGUUGUCAUAAGUGUUAAAUUAGUGUAGGAAAGGCUUUAGCAGUAUGGUGUGGAUGUGACCAUAGUAUGGAAGGAGAUGCUCACACGCAUCCCCUUCAAAAGCAAUGUGACUAGAAGGUAUCAACACCUUUACUUGAAAUUGGAGCCCUGGCAAAACUACACAUGGUGUGGUGCAAUGUGUGUGCCUGGCUCUACUAAUGUCUUCGUCCUUUUCCAAAAGCAGAUGCUGAUGGGGCAGUUUUGAUUGGAGUAAAGACCCAAAUUGCUUUGCCAGCCUAAUUCCCCAAUACAACUCAUUUCCCAGAAGCUGCUCUUCACCAUAGGUCCAAUCCAACUGCAUUUAUGUUUUCUUCUGUUCAGCUAAUAGCAGCUGAGUGGUGAUGAUUUAUACUAGAAAAUCAGCACCAGCAAAAAGUCUCUCAGUUGUAGGGAGAUGGAUACAAUGGCUUGUAUCCAACCAUUCCCUUCAUCUGACAGAGCCUUUUGUGAAGGAGUUCUUCUGUCAGUCUAAGACUUUCCUUCCAGGGCAGGGAACCUUUUAAUGCAGUCCAUUUAGUAUGUAUGGGAACCCCCAUUCAGAUCCCUUCACAACCCCAGGAAAGUCUCUGGCUGUUCCUUCAGAGAGUUGUGGAGAAUAUAAAAUAUAAAUUGCACGACACAGCGUGCAAUAUUAAAUACACCGUUUCCCCAAAGUCAUAAAUAAUCCCAGUGAAGCUUUUGAGAAUGAAUUCCCAGAAUUAAGCAAGUGCUGAAAUAUCAUCUUUAGUUUCCUAUAGGAAUGUUGUGGUGUUUUAAUGAGAUAUUUUUUUAAAGGCUCAGGUGUGGAGUAACAAAAAAUAAUAAUAAAUGUUUUUAUUAUUACAAAUAAUGGAGCAGCUGCCCACGUGUAUGGAAGUGAUUUCCCCACCCUCCAACAAUAUUUUGUCUAACACUGAGAUUGUACUGUUAGUUUUGAAUGUACAAACAACACAUUUAAAACAUAUUCAAAGCACACACAUCCCCGCCAAGAAUCCUUAGAUGCUGGGGGGGGGGAGUAUGUUAAAGGUGCUGCGCAUUGUAGUUCUGUGUGAGGUAAACUACUUCCCAGGAAUCAUGAGUGGGAUGCUUUGCAUUAUUAUUCAAAUAUCUGCUAAAUGAGUUUUGCACCUGUGCAUCUUAAGCUUUGAGAAAUAAUUGGUUUAGCACUCUCUCUUCUUAACCAAGUAGAGUCUUUCCGCUGUUAGAUACAGCUUUAACUUUCAGAAAAUAUUAGUACUGUGCUCAUUUGUUAAAAUGUGAUCCCCCACCCGCACCUUCACCCCACCUAAACAUUAAAACCAUUCUGUUCUCUUCAAAUCUAUAACUGGUCUCCAUCAUAGAAUCACUGUUUUAAGUUAAUAAAGAUAUAAGUAGUGCAAUCCUAUACAGGUCCUACACACACUGAUCUGGGGGAAACUCCCAUGGAAUCCAAGGAGACUUACUACUUAAUAAAUAAAUAUAAGUCAGAUUGCACUGCUAGAUAGAUAUAUUGGAGAAAAGUGAUUGGGCAGGGGGGGGGAGAAGAAGCCAUACUAAAUCAAGUUUAUAGCAUCGAACACAUUAAUUCUCAGUUUCACGCUUCAAUCACUGGAACAGCAUCCCUCACAUAAAGUGACUAAAGUCUGGAUUCAUGGAAAUCAAUAAGUGGAAAGUUGUUACAGCUUUUGUAGAUGCACAAAAAUGCUUAACAGAACAAGUCCUAUGUAAUGCCAUAGCUAGACUUCCAUAAAGGGCAUUUGACAGAAUUAAGUUGAGUAUGUUUAAUAAUGUUGGUGCUUAAAGGAGUUUUAUAUGAUAUUUUAAAAAUUAAUUACAUAGUAUAUCUCUAGCUAAGUAAGGUUUAUUGCUUACCGUAGAAGGGACAAGAGGGUAACAUCUCCAUAUCUGCAUUGCCGAGAUCCAGAGAAUUAAUAGAACAUUUAGCCUGAGGAGACUGGAUAAAAAACACCCAAAACGGAAAAAACCCCAUGUAUUAGUUUAACACCCAUUCAGAAGACAAAUGGCAUUUUAUUUAUUUUAUUUUUUUUAAAAAAUAAUAAUUAUUUUUUAAAUAAUGUUUAUUAAAAUUUCACAAGAGAAAAAAAAUGGCAUUUUAUACACGAUGCUAUAAUUUCCCCCAAACAUAUAUCUGAUAUAUUUACCUGAUCAUUUCUUCUAUUCUAUUUUAUGAAACUUUCAGCUGCAAGUAGAAAUCCACAGCUGUAUAAGCACUCCCCUUAUCUUACUCCUAAACAACCAUUUUAUACCAAAGGUUCAGGAGCAAAAAUGUCACCAAAUCACAUUUAUGUCUGACUAAUUGGUCACCGGUUGGCCUUUAUUCUUGUUAAAUGGGAGUGGGGAGAUGCAAGGAGGCAGCUUCGUUCCCAGCAUGGAGAUACCAAGUGACUAAACUGACAACAUUGCCAUUAAAAGCAUGGCAUUUUAACGAGGCAUUUAAAAUCAUUCACACCUGGCCUUUGUCUCUGUGGGACAAAUUGUCCAAUGUCUACACUGUUUUAUAAAGGUGUACACUGUAUGCUAAAUUAGCUCUACCUGUUGUAUAUAAGGCUUGGGAGGGGGAAAAGGGGGGGAGAGAAUCCCCACACCAAUUUAUUAAGCAAGAAUAUUUUAAAUAAUUUUUAUUCCAGGUUGUAUUUUUAAAAUUUGUACAUUAUAUUUGCACAGCACUUUGCCUACUUCCCUAGUGCACAAUUUUUAAUAGGAAUGGGACUAAAUCUGGUCAGAUCUUAGAUGGUCAGCUUAGCAGGUGUGUCAUGGACCAAUCUGAGGUAAUCCUACAGUAAUGGCACUCUCACAGAUGUGGAUGGAAGCAUGUAGCUCAAGUGACAGAGCACCCACCUUACAUGCAAAAGAUUCCAGGUUCAUCCCAGGGGCCUCUCCCAGCCUUGCCAUGUGUGCGCACACACACACACACCAACCCUAUUUCUUUCUUCACCCUGGCCUGGCCACAGAAGAUGCUCACAGGUUGCAGUGUCAAACGAGUCAAGGGAGGGAGAGGAAUUUUGCUGCUUGGCUUCAUUGGCACAGAAUUUGCUGUUACACACAUAGUCACCUAGACAGCAUUUUAAAAAGUAGAGACAUCACCUUGCCAACAAAGGUCCGUAUAGUAAAAGCUAUGGUUUUCCCAGUAGUGAUGUAUGGAAGUGAAAGCUGGACCAUAAAGAAGGCUGAUCGCCAAAGAAUUGAUGCUUUUGAAUUAUGGUGCUGGAGGAGACUCUUGAGAGUCCCAUGGAUUGCAAGAAGAUCAAACCUAUUCAUUCUUAAGGAAAUCAGCCCUGAGUGCUCACUGGAAGGACAGAUCAUGAAGCUGAGGCUCCAAUACUUUGGCCACCUCAUGAGAAGAGAAGACUCCCUGGAAAAGACCCUGAUGUUGGGAAAGAUGGAGGGCACAAGGAGAAGGGGACGACAGAGGACCAGAUGGUUGGAUAGUGUUCUCGAAGCUACCAGCAUGAGUUUGACCAAACUGCGGGAGGCAGUGGAAGACAGAAGUGCCUGGCGUGCUCUGGUCCAUGGGGUCAGGAAGAGUCGGACACGACUAAACAACUAAACAACAGCAACACAUAGUCACAUAAAGGACACAGAGCCCUUGGAAAGAAGGGAUUGGUUCACCAAAGGUUAAACAAUCUGCCAUGUUCCUACUAUAAAGGUCUGCACUCGCUUCUGCUAAUCACGAGCAUUCGGCCAGCUCUUGGUUAGAACGAAGCUUCUCCUUCUGUUUCUCAAAUUGUCUUUCUCUGUUGUUUCUGUAUCUUGCUGGGAUUUCCAUUAUCACAGAGUGAGAAUCAGAACUGCAACUUGCCAGUGGUGGCUCAUUUUCUAGUUUGCACCUUGUGAUGGCCUGAAGCCAAACAAAUCGAUCGACAAAUUCCAGAAAACUAGUAAGCAAGCUUGUCUUUAUGCCAACUUGGCACAGUGAAAGCCAAUGCAAUAUUUAUACAGAGAUACUCAGCAAUUCCAACCAAAUGUUGGAAGACAAAUGUCGCUGUGUGGUGAGAUGACCCACAUCAGUUUGUUUGUUUUUUAGUAGAGCAAAGGUUAUAUGUGCUCUGGCUGUGGACAAAUUCAGAAGAAAGCCAAACAGACAAGCUCUUGCUCAUGACUAGAAACUCUACAGACUUGGCAUAGCUUAUUAUGUGGGUGAGCCAAUUGCAGGGAACCCCUCCAUGCAAGCAGGAGCUCAUGGGGCUUCUUCUCACACAGCUGUAUCACUUCACUGAUAAAUAAAGAAACUUUGGGGGGUAGGACAAAAGUGCAGCCCACCUGUUCACUCUAUACUAGAAGUGGGUAACCUCCAGCCUAUGGUACCCAGCAGGGAUUCUCAGUUGACCAUGGGGCCAUUUCCCCCAAAUUAUGCCCACCUGCACCACUCCGACAUCACAGGUGUUGCGAGGUCUGGGGCACAUGACUAGAAAGGAAAAAUCAGGAUUGUCCUGGUUAUUCCUUAGCAAGUGAGCCUUGCAUUUGGUGCCAAAUUCAACCCCUGCACGAAUCAGCGGCAUUGUGGUGUUCCUAGUAAGCAACCCCAAGUGCAGCCAAUCUCUGUUGCAAGCAAUGGUUGUACUCAGCACUAAUCAGCAGAUUGGGACUGAUCGUUGUGCCCACACCUGCCCUACUCACUCCUGCCCUGCAUAUGCCAUAUUUAAAGGGCUAUUUACAAACCAGACUCCAGGUGAUCCUUCAAUGACUAAGUUGCAGAUAGACAUUUCAAUAAAUACUGAAGUUGUUGGAAAGCAAAUGUCAAGAACACCAUUCUUUAAUAUCAAAAUAAACCUAGUGGGGUUUUUUCCUGUUAUGCACUUUGAUGUGCUCCUAUUUUGGUUUCCUGCCAGCCAUGCAUUCCUGAAGGAGUACAGCAUUCCUUUAGUUUUCUUCCUUUGCAAUAUUUUGGAAUCUGAGCUCACUGGGCAUGCUCAGUCCUCAUCAUGUCUCCUCCCCACCUACAUGACUGUGUUUUCCACCAGCAAAUAUAUUUUGUACCUUUGAAAAAGUUAACCCAGUCCUGCUGAUAAAGAUAGGUAAUUGGGGAGUGAUUUUGCUAUUAUUAGUAUAUAUCAGGAGUGGGGAACUUGCGACCAAUCAGAUGUUGCUGUAUUCCAACUCACCUCACCCCUCACCAUUAGCCAUGUUGAGUGCAGCUGAUGGGACUCAGAGUUUCAGAACUUCUGGACUCUUCACCCCCUAGAGAGCCAGUGCGGUAUAGUGGUUAAGAGUGGUAGACUCGUAAUCUGGUGAACCAGGUUCGCGUCUCCGCUCCUCCACAUGCAGCUGCUGGGUGACCUUGGGCUAGUCACACUUCUUUAAAGUCUCUCAGCCCCACACCUCACAGAGAGUUUGUUGAGGGGGAGGAAGGGAAAGGAGAAUGUUAGCCACUUUGAGACUUCUUUUGGUAGUGAUAAAGCAGGAUAUCAAAUCCAAACUCUUCUUCUUCUUCUAGAAUACUGAGCAGCCUUUCUCCCAAACAGGUGCCUUCCAGCCAGCUUGGACUACAACUCCCAUCAGCUGCAACUGGAUGCUGAUACAGAAUACAGUGCUGGAGCAAUGGAGGAUUUCGCAACAUGUAGCUAAGGUCACUUUCUAUUACCUCUUUCCUUUGCUUUUAAACUGGCUGUUAGAUUCAGAGUGCUAGCUAGGUGUUAAUUUUGUGACCAGCAAUUAAAAACAGAUAUCUUUAGGAGACAAUUAGCUUAAACCACUUCAGUGGAACGUCUUCUAGCUUUUACUAGCUGAUGGGUUAAGAAUGUCUCCUUGAUAAUGUUUCAAGCACCAUCUGUUUAUUUGUCCAUGAAUAAGGUCUAAUAACACAAGUAAAGCUUAAAUGGAUGCACAGAAUGGGUAGGGGG